AUGGAGAGAAGUAAGGAUACAUAUCAGCAUGGCAUACUUAACCAAGGAGAUGAAAAUGAGAUGGUAAGAUGAUAUAUUUACUCUCUGGAAUUUUUUUUUUAGAAGGUAUAUUGUAUCCUCAAAAAGCACAGUAUGUUUGCUUUUAGACAUACAUAAGUUAUGUAUUUUUUUAUUAAAGCAUAGUCUAAAAAAGGCCCUUCUUCCCGCAGAUAAUCAAAAACAUGAGUACAGGUUUUUUUCUUAUAUGUUAGUGGAUUUUCAUAGACAUUCAUUUUAAAUACAAACUGUAACAAUAUUGGCACCUCAACAAAUAAUAUACUAAAGAUUCACAUACUUACAUUUGUUGAUUGCUGUUUCAUUUAGUCUAAAUUAUUGUAUUAUUACAUUAUUGGAUUUUUGUAGAAACCAAAAACACUUCUUGCUGUGUGCAGGCACCUGCAAGUCCCUCAAAUGCCAAGAGCCACACAUUCAGUGGCAUAGACAAAACACCAGGAUGCAAGUUUGUGUUACUAGAAUGUAGGCAGGGCAUGAUAGAUUGUAUUUUUUUUGUGUGUCUGAUUUGAAAGUAGCACAUAUUCUUAGAUGCAUAUUGAACUUUCUGUGGUCCAAGCCUACAGCAAAGAAACUUGGAAUUUAUGUCUAUAAAAAUAACAUCAAGUUACGUUAAUGGACACUGUUUUUUUUUGUUUUGUUUUUUAAAACUUGUUUUAUUAUGAUUGAAAACAAUAGCAGCACAUAGCUAUGAUGUAGCUUAGCCACACAAUUUAUUUGACUGGCUAUAACAUCAAAAGAAGACAGAUAGGGGGAAUUUCCCAUUUAAUCUUCACAACUAAAUUCCCAGAUCUGCACUAGUUAUCAAGACAGAAAACAAAGGAUAUGAUUAUUUUUGGUGUGAACUACUUUUGUUUAAAACUAAUAAACACCUUGGUCAAAGAAAAUUAAACUGUGUUUAUGUACUAACAAGAUUAACACCUUCUCUAGGCAUUAGUUUAAACACAAUUCUGACAGUAUGCUCACAUACCCAGAAAUCAUGUAUAUGCAAUUUAACCAAUUGCAGGUGAAGUUCGUUUAUUGAAAAUACAUUUCUUUGGAAAUAAGUGCCUAUAGCACCUAUAGGAGACAGAGCUACUAUUAGAGUACUGACUCUCAGGGGUACACUGCUACUGCACAGCUAAUGAGGAUAUCUAAAGAUCUCACUAGCACUCUCAUUCCCACAUAGCUACCCACCACAGCCUCAGUAACCACUCCACACAGUGCCAUCCUCCCAAAUACAGUCACCUCCACAUAUGCAGUCACUACCUCACAAAUGUAGUCACCAUCGUACACAGACCUCCACCACAGACACAGUCACUCAUAGACAUAGUUACCAACCCACAGAUGGUAACCCCCAGCACACACAUAGUCACCUCCCCAAAGAACCAGAAAGAUAGAUAUACACUCAUAGAGACACACAAGGAUACUCACUCCAGGCACAUUCUGAGUCACACCAUCAGACAUGCAGUGUUACUGGAUUUAAGGACACUAUAGUCACCACAAUAUUAGCUUAAUAAAGCCAUUUUGGUGUUUCGAUUGUGUCCCUGCAGUCUCUCUAUUUCAUUUUCUUCCACUUAGGAGUUGGAUCACUUUUGUUUCUGACCAUGGAAACCUAGACACACCUCUCUUGGCUGUGACUGAAAAUAAAUAAAAUGGUUUCAUUUUCAAUCAGAUGUUAACUUGCUUUAGAGGUUUUAUUUCCUGCUCUGUAAAUCAAACAUUAAAUCACAUACAGGAUGCUCCUGAAAGAUGUAGCAAGCUAUUACCAGUGCAGGAGAUAAGAAAUUCUAAAUUAAACAGAAUUUGCAAUAAAGGAAGUGUUAACUUUAGAUCUAAUUUUAUAGGAAGUGUUUAUGAAGGCUGUGUACAUUACAUGCAGGAAGGUGUGGCUAGGGCUGUAUGAACAAAGUGAUUUAACUCUUAAAUGACAGAGAAAUGAGCAGUGAGAUUGCAGGGGCAUAAUCUAUAGACCAAAACUGCUUCAUUAAACUAAAGUUGUUUUGAACACUAUAGUGUCGCUUUAAGUGUCAAUAAGUAAAUAGUGAGUGGCAGGCACUCCAAAGCAAUUUCCAAAUUUUGGUGAAGGAGUGUUGAGUACCUUUAUUUUAUUUAUUUGUUAUUUUCCGUAGGAAACCUUUGGUUACAAGGCACAGUCAAUUCGAAGAAUGGUUUGUGUUUUUGGAUACAUCAUCUCCUGUGGCUUUCUUUGGCUUAUAUUCUACUGGAAACCAGAGUGGCAUGUGUGGGCACAUUGUAUUCCAUGCAGCUUGCAAGAAGCUGAUACUAUACUACUUAAAACUACAGUAAGACCAUAUCUAUUCUAAAUGCCAUAAAAUUGAAUGUAUAUAACUGUAAAUAAAUAAAGCAAUAAAACUGAUAAACGGUAAAGCUGAACUCAUGGGUUAUUUAACUUUGCUAUAUUGUUGUUUUUAUGAAUCUUCUAACACAUCUGCUCCCAAGAAGGCUAGUUGGUCACAGUAGUAUAAACACAUGAUAAAAAAUGCCUCAGUAUUGUUCGAUCUUCUGAUGAUUAUGGUUCUUAUGGACACUAACCUGUAAGAAGAUCAAAAUAAUGAUUACCAUACAUAAGCCAUUACUAAUCACCCCCUUCCCAAAACAAAAUAUAGUAUUGGGAGUCCAUUGGAUUACAUAUAAAAUAAGUUACUUGCAAUAUUCCCAAAGUGAAAAAAUAAAUAAAAUGAACUUACAAAAAUAAAAAUAAUAAAUAAAUAAUUAUACAUGUGUAUAUAUCAUGUAUUUAUUUUUAUUUGAUUAUUUUUAUUUACCUUGGCAACAUUGUAAGAACAAAAGAGGAACAGGGAUGCACAAAAUACAGUACUAACUGCUGGGGUAGGGUACAUUUGUACCCCGAUAUAACUACCAUUUCUGUGAGGUGAGGUGGAGAGUAAUUGUAGCAGGUAGAUGACUUCGAAAAUUACUUUGAACUGUGAAUCGAAUCUCUGUUAAAAGAACUAUUGGCACUGAAAAGGUAACACACAACGCAUGUUUUUAAAAAAAUUACUUUUUCUCCUGUUGGAUGAUCUGGAGACAGACUAAAAGCCAGAGACUCAACAUGUAAUUGCUCAGCUGAUCUCAAAGAGUAGAAGUUGAUAAGCACUUUCUCCAGAAAACUGUUUUUUUUUUAAAAAAAAAUGGUUAAUCCAAGCAUCAUGACAUCUUUAGUGCUUGGAGUCUGUAUGUGCAGCAUUUUACUGAGCAUUGCAGCAUAUAAAGAGUUAAAGCACUUUUCUGAUGGCGUUUAAUUCCAACAGUGUCAUUAGCCAGCCUGGAACAAAAGUUCUGGACUGACAAAUGUGAAUUAUGUGCAUAUUUGUCAUCUGUUGUCAACACAAGUAGCGUGCAAUAGGGGGUGGGUGAUGUCACCAGAGGAUUAUCCAGCUACAGAGAGAACUUGGCCUCUGUUCUUUCUUUAUUAUUUUUAAGGGGGGGGGGGAGGGGCAUACAACAAGGGUUACACAUUCAAAAAACGUGUUUUAUUAAAAUACUAUCUUUUGGUUGGAGUAAACCUUUUAAAUGUAAUGUUGACUUGGAUAUUAUUAAUUAACAUUUUUUUCUUCAUGUAAUCUGCCUAGUAACCUGUGUUCGUUAAUGUAAUAUGAAAUAUAUAAAAUCUGAAGGUAGAAUUAUGAGGAUGGAAAUAUCUCCUUGUAUAUAAUUAAUUUUAAUAAGCAAUUAACACACAAAAAACAUAUUUUUAGGAUAUUUUAAAAUAUACUUCUUUUUACUUAUUGGAUCCAUUGGCAAUUGAGCCAUGGAUUUUAAAGCUAUCUAAAGUAUUCAAAGCAAACUAUGUCCUGAUAGAGACAUAAAGUAUGAACUGUAACUUUACUGCCCCCUCUACCCCCUGCACACACACCUUUAUCUGUAAUUAUUUACAUGGUAACUGGAGCUUGAAUGUUUUUUUUUUUUUAUUACAUGUCUGCUUGUGUAUUGGCUUAUUAGUAAUAUUGUAACUUAUUUAGCACUGUUUACGCAACGAGCGAAACUUCAACUAUACUUGUGCACACCUAGGAUGAAUUUGAGCAAUACUGCAGAAAAAAUGUGAUUUGGAUCCAACCGCAGAACCUGAAUAUAUCAAAAACAACCACAACUGUGACGCCUGUGAUUGCUGACAGCAAAUCAAUUAUCAGUAAAUCCAUUCAAAAGCCUGACUUGAAGGUAAGUUGUCCUAAUGAAUAGACAAUUAAUAAUAUUUUCCCAAAGUAAAGUUAAGGUAGUCCAAAACACAUAAUAAGGAACAUUAACUUAAUUUAGAUAUACAACAAUAAAAAUAAGUCACAGACGUGCAACAUUUUACAUUAUAUGUUUCCUAGAGAAAAGUGCCAUCUAUACUUAAAGAAAAAAAGUCGAAAAAUGUAUGCUGACUUAUCCUAACCCUAUAUAUCUCAGAUCCAGCUUUUUAUUGCCCUAAAAUAUAAAAAUUUUAUGUGUAAUGAGUAUAAUGAGUAAUAAAGCACAUCACUGGCGUGAAACAAAAUAUCUUGUCACAUCACAAACCUUAAUCAAAUAACUCCAGGAGGAUUGUGCAAUGUGUCUGUAGGUGUUAAUAUCAUGUGGAAAAAAAAAUUUGUUCCUCAGUCUUUAUAAAUGAAUAUUGAUUUCUCAGUCCUUUCUCUGGGAUCUAAAACCAGGUACACUUUGUCUUAACUGAAUCUGUAAAACAAGGCACAUAAAUUUACAAUAAUAUAUACAGAAUUAUGGAGUUAAAUUCCAUUAAAAUUCUAGGCAAACCCUAUGUGAGCCUUCUCCAUCAGGAUUCUGGCUGGUCCUUCUUGUAAAAAAGCUCAGUAGGUUAAAAGAAUAUAGGCAAUACAUUUAUAUACCACACUCCUGAGAGAUCCAAACACAAUUGUAGGAACCAUCAAUUAAAGAGGCAAUAGGCUUGAUUGCAAUAGGCAUAUUUCAUGGAAAAACCACAUCAUGUAUAAAAAAUGAUAUAAAAAAAUCUUUACACCACAUACAUUAUGAAAAAGAACUGAACACAUUUUGAGGCUUCUCAUAAACACUUCCUCAGCAGUAAAAGGCAUCAAAAUAUCUUUAGCUUAGUGAAACAGUUUUCAGUACAAAUCAUGCCCUAUGCAGUCUCAUUGCUCAAUCCUCUGUCAUGCAGGAGUAAAACCACUUUUGUUUCUGUUUAUGCAGCCAUCGCAGCAGUCACACAUCUCCUGACUGUGACUCACGUAGCUUGCAUGAAAAAAAAAAUCAGUUUCAUUUUCAAACAGAUGUUACAUUACCUUAGAGGUUUUUAACUCAUGCUCUGUAAAUUGAACUUUAAUCAUACACAGGAUUUACUUGCAGGGUCUAGAAGGCUAUUAACAGAGCAGGAGUUAAGAAAUUCGUAUUUAUCAACAGAAAGUGCAAUAAAAAAAGGAUUAAACAUCUCACUUUACAGGAAGUAUUUAAGAAGGCUGUGUAAGUCACGUGCAGGAAGGUGUGGCUUUUGCUACAUAAACAAAGUAAUAUAAUGCCUAAAUAGCAGAUAAUUGAACAAUGAGACUGCAGGGCCAUGAUCUAUACACCAAAACUGCUUCAUUAAGCUAAAGUUGCUUUGGUACUUACAGUAUCCCAUUAAUGUAGUAAGUAUAGAAUCUGUGCAAAAUUGAAGGUUGUCUGUUUUUUGCCCUGUAUUCCAAGGAAGCAAUGUUAAUCCAAUACUUGGGAAGUUGAUAUAAUUUCUCAUUUACAUUAAUAGGUUAAAAUGAUACGGGUUCAAAAAAUCAGCUAUGUUUGGGACCAAGAAGAACAGAAAUUUGAAAGAGCUGGGUAAGAACACAAUUCUAAUUGUAUACCUUUUACCUGCUAACAUUACAACUUCUAAAAUAAUUUACUGUUAAAUGGUUUUUCAGUGUUUUGGAGGAUAGCCUAUCCUGUUAUGAUAUCCACUCUAAGUUUGCAUAUGGACUGACAACUGAAGAGCAAAACAUCAGGUACUGCACAGGUGUUAUUUGUUGAAUUUUUAUGUAUUUGUGUAUAAAAUGUGUGUAUAUUUAAAAAUAUUACAUUGUUUAUACUUACAAAUGUAGCAACACAUAUUUUGCAUAAAAAUAUAUUUAAUGCGUUCUCUCUUUUUUUUUUCACUAUCUCCUGUCAUUUUGUUGUACAUAUAACUAUGUUGUGUUUGUGUCUUGGAUAUGUUACAUGGGUUUCUUUUCCAGGCUUAUUUAUUUCCUGCACUGUAUGUCUCUCUGCUAAGUAUCAAAUGCAUAUUGUUUAAAGGGACACUAUAGUUCACAGAACAACUACAGCUUAUUGAAUUUGUUCUGGUGAGUAGAAUCAUUACCUUCAGGCUUUUUGCUGUAAACAUUGUCUUUUCAGAGAAAAUGCAGUGCUUACAUUACAGCCUAGUGAUAACUUGAUGGCUGUUAGAGAUCCAUCCUGGGUCAUUGCUGCCUAAAAUGCAUCCAAACAUUCAGUGUCUCCUCCUUCUGCAUGCAGACACUGAACUUUCCUCAUAGAGAUUCAUUGAUUCAAUUCAUCUCUAUGAGGAGAUGCUGAUUGGCAAGGACUGUGUUUGAAUCAUGCUGGCUCUGCCCCUGAUCUGCCUCCUUGUCAGUCUCAGCCAAUCCUAUGGGGAAGCACUGUGAUUGGAUCAGGCUACCACUUCUGCUGAUGUUAACAGGCAGUGGGCAGGUCUAAUAGUGCUCCUUUAAAGUCUAAGUGGAAGAAUAGUUUGGUCCUAAGAUAGUACAUGGGCCAUUCCAUGCCUACAUAGCACUGGUUUUUGAUUAGUGGGCCGAGGCCAAAAAAACACCUUAACUUCUUGGCUAUAAUAAUAAUAACAAAGUGUUUAACCUAGAAUGUCAGCAUUUAAAAAAAAAAUGAGAUUCACAUUUGGUAAAUUUGUCAAAGUAAAUUUGUAUGACUAAUGCUUGCCAGUGAAAACUCUCAUUUCUGUUUAAACAAUUGUACUAGCUGUCAGAUUGACUGACAAGUGUGUGUUCCAAAAUGACUUCAUAAAAGUGACAACUUAUUUUUAAAUCUGCACUUAUAUUACUUGGGACAAGGUAGCUUGCAGUCUAAAGCUGAAGUGCUUUAGGAGUUUGGAACAGCCCUUUAGUAAGUUUGUAAUAACUCAAAGAAAUUGAGUCUCUUUGAAAUAUUUCUCUCUUUGAAGUGUGCCCUAAUCAAAAAAGUUUGGGAACCAUUGUUUUAUAUCAAAUUAUCUUAUCAGUAAAUCUUUAAGAAAUGUGGACAUUAACAAUACCACUCAUUGAGUUUUAAACUAAGACUUUGCUUUGCAUUCCACAGAAGAUCAAUAUGUGGACUGAACAAAAUUGAGGUUGAUGUUGUGCCAAUUUGGAAGUUACUUUUAAAAGAGGUAAUGUACACAAAAGUACACAAAAGUAGUAUAUGGAAAAAUAUAACAACAUAGGCUUUGCAUUCCAUAAACUCACAAAAAGAACAUAAGUAAUCAAGUCUGUCUUCUGUAUUUUUAUUUUCUAUCCUCUCCAGGUUUUAAAUCCAUUCUAUGCAUUUGAAGCGUGCAGUCUGGCUCUGUGGUUUGCAGUGGGUUUUAUAGAAUACUCAAUUGCCGUUAUUAUAAUGACUCUUAUAUCUAUCAUCUUUACUGUGCAUGACCUCCGGAAGGUGUGUAUGAAAACUAUAGCACGUAAUGUAACACAAUCAGUCCCUUUAGAAUGGAGGUCAGAAAUUGCAUUUUAAUUCCUCACACUCAUAAGCAACUCUGAUAGAAGAACGUUCUAGAAUUAACUAGAACAGCCGCUCAAUUGAUAAAUGGAUCAUUUCCAGUACCUUUUUUAAAUGCGUAGGUCAGACCUCCAGCAGAGCCAUUUCAUCCAUGUAUCCUUUUAUGGUUAAUAAAAAUAGCACAGGUGACUUGGGUAACAAUAAAACUUAUACACCUCAAAAAAUACUUUAAAAACACAUUGUCCUUCCUAUUAAAACACGUACCGUUUAUUAUACAGAAAUAAAUAGUGAUUGCUUGUUUAUUUGUAGAGAAUUUGAUUAUCUUUCCAAUUAUUGACGCUUUUGUCUGUGAUUGAUGCACUUGAAAGAAAUAGCUAAAUGCACUAAACACCACAGUCGUAUACCUGAAGGGCUGGGGUGAUUUGGAAUCUUUGUGUUCUAAUUAACUGUAACACUAAAAGGGCGCAAUAAAGUAGAUGUUUGUCACUAAAUGUUAACUUAUUGCAAUGUUUACAGCAUGAACAAAAUAUAAAAUGAUAAUUAUAAUUGUGAAACUGAUGUAAUAUUUCUUUCUGAAGGAAUCUGUAAAGCUUCACAAUCUAGUUGAAUCCAAUAACAGUGUAAAAGUCACUGUGCGCCACAAAAAUGGAGGUAUGUUAAACUGAUAAUUGAUGUAUUGCACAAAAGCUAUUCCAGAACAGCAGCCUGUACACAAAAUUAAUAUACAAUGUGUCAUAUGAUUCAGAAUAACUGCCAUGAGAUAUAUAUAUACACAUUUUUUUUAAUGAAAAAUACUUGAAGACAUAUUGCAGUACUUUAAACUGAGCUAAACUUUAUAUUAUUUAUCCGUUACAUCUAUCAAUUAUGCUGUUAGCAUAUGUAAUAAAUUAUGAACUAAUAGACAAAUUUAGAGUCUGUAACAAAAAAGCAUGGAUCGUGCAAAACGAAUGUAAAAGUUUAGUGCUCAUUUUUUUUUCCAUGCUAAAUGGUAUUUAGGGUCAGUUGUUUUUUUAUUGUCAUGUGAUAUCUGUCAAAAUGCUCAGUUUUCAUUGACUUUUUACCUAAAUUAUAUGGUCUACACAAUAUUGUUCCUCAUAAAUUUUCAGUAGCAAAAAUGAAGCAAACGUUGAGCAGAGCUAAAAACAAACUCGAAAAUAUGAUAAUCCUUUGUUAGGCUAACCAUUCUGUAUGUUAUAUUUUUUAACCCACUAUGCCCAGCAACUGCACCGUGGCUUUUAAAUCAUAGCUAUCUGGCUUAUAUCCCUGUACUACACUAGGCAGCUUUGCUCUUUAUUACUUUGUUUGCCACAGUGUGUACUAUGCACAGCAAGGUGCCCAACAAAUGUGGAAAUGCAUAAAAUGAAUAACCAUGAGGUUUGAAUGUUGCAUUCUUAAUGAUACAUAAUAUAAAUAAACACAAGACAACUUCUUUUAUCCAAUUUGUUUAUUCAGUACUUCAAUAUUGUACCUUGGAGAAUGGCCGUGAACCUUUAUUACGGAUUUCAUAAUUCCACUUUAAACAUAAAACCAUAAUUUAAAACCAAACCGAAAUAUUAACCAUUAAAACUUUCCACCAUUAAAACUUUCCAACUUUCCAAGGCCCCCCACCAAAGCCAGGAGCCAUAAAUUCCAAGGCUCCGCCCCCACCAAAGCCAGGAGCCAUAAAUAUAUAUCAUAAAACCAAUUUUAUAAGCCAAAUCCACCCUCCUGUGAUGCCCAGGAGGGUGACUUAUAUCCCAUAAUAAGGUCACGACAAGAAGGGAGGGUGGGUGGGAGCAGCAGCUCAGUUAUAUUUAAAAACGGCCAACCUUGAUAGUUGUCUGGCACAAGCUGAGGUAAAUAAUUUGGCGCCUUUAAAUUUAUACUCAUUUUCCCGCCACUGCUUAUCUCGUGCUGCGAUCUACCAAUCAGGGCUCUUGCCCUGAUCACGACCUUCCCGCCCUGCUAAUAGCGCGUGCUGCCCUGCACCUAACCCUCACUGCGCUCUGCUGCUAACCUAAACUGACCAAUACUUACCCAACAGCCUCUGCUCCAUCAAACCUCAUGAGGCUUGCUCCUUAUGCAGUCCGCGUGCCCGACAUGAGGUUUGAAUGUUGCAUUCUUAAUGAUACAUAAUAUAAAUAAACACAAAACAACUUCUUUUAUCCAAUUUGUUUAUUCAGUACUUCAAUAUUGUACCUUGGAGAAUGGCCGUGAACCUUUAUUACGGAUUUCAUAAUUCAACUUUAAACAUAAAACCAUAAUUUAAAACCAAACCGAAAUAUUAACCAUUAAAACUUUCCACCAUUAAAACUUUCCAACUUUCCAAGGCCCCCCACCAAAGCCAGGAGCCAUAAAUUCCAAGGCUCCGCCCCCACCAAAGCCAGGAGCCAUAAAUAUAUAUCAUAAAACCAAUUUUAUAAGCCAAAUCCACCCUCCUGUGAUGCCCAGGAGGGUGACUUAUAUCCCAACGCCACCGAGGUUCUGGGAUACCAAACUCGGUGGCCCCCCACCGCCCACGGCCAUCUCCAACAUAGAUUGAACACUUACCUUAAAUAUAUAUCCACACCAACAUCGGACAAAUGAAACGCGCAUUCCUAUAUAAACCUUAGCAACUGCCCUCAAUAACUGUCUUUUAAAAAGACAACCGAAACUGCAAAAACUUUCUAACACUCUAUUUAAGCAGUUUGAAUAGCCUUAUUUUCAUCCAGCAUUGCCUUGGUAUAAUUUCCGACCAAAUAAAAUGAACAUCUCAAAUUUUUAUUUUUUUUUUUUUUGCCACAAAAACCAUAUCCUUCUUAAUUACUUACCACAAAUUGACCGAUUCUAUUGACCCAAUGUUGUUUCCUCCCAGAUGAACCACUAUCACAACUGGUUAAGGAAAACCAAGGUAAAUUGUUGCAAUAACUCAAAUAAAUGUGACCAUUUCACACCACGAAUACCAUUGCCAAAAUAUUUUAACCACUGUGCUUCCAAACCAAGUUUUCACCAUAUGUUCGCUCUUGUGCCCUCUUCCGGGCCCAUACCAUAAACGAAUAACUAAUGACCCAGACAAAAGCCGGCUUCUUAAGACCUAACAAAAGAAGAAAUUAUUAGUAUAUGUACUAAUUUCCAUAAAACCCAUAACUUUCAUAAAUACCAAGUAACCAUUUACCAAUAGAAUAUUUUAUUUAUUUAUCGAAUGAAGCCUGACAUAUACUUGAAAUUGUUAGAGUCUCGGCUUCCCAACGUUUGACUGAUUCCAUCACUUCAACCACACCUUGCCGCUUUGUUUGCAGCUCCAAUUCUAAAAGAACAAGAUGAGUAACACUCCUUGCCCAACCAAAUGAUAUAAUUUUUUUUUUAUUAUUUAUUUAUUUAUUUAUUUAUUUUUAACCUUUAUGAAUUGAAAUUAAGUUAAAGAAUUAAAUCAGCAUGCAUAAAAUGGGCCCUUUACUCUUGGCCUUACUGAUAACUGUUCUUCCGUCACUUUACAGGGCACAAAAGAAACUUUAAUAUUAAACAAUGUCAACCAUAUGUCGUUUCCCUCUUGAACCGUUUAGGUUUUCUAAUAGAUAUCAAUACUCUUAUUGUGCACCAUAACAUCCUCCAACAGCACACCCGAUAAACAAAAUUUACUCCUUGUAUCAACUCACCAAUCCUACAACUGAAAACUGAUAUAAACAGGCAUCUAAAUAACUAACUCAAUGAAGAAUAAUAUACGCCUUCAAAAUCUUCCACUAACUGUGCCAAAACCGAAAAUGUAUUAGGUUUUCUAUUAUCCCUAACCUGACAAACUCUCCUACCACCUUUAACUAGCUGAACUAUGAAAUACUGUUUGAUUGGUUUACCAUCACACAGCUUCAGAAGAAAUCCACCUUUGCUAAAUCACUUGUAACUUUGAUUUAGAAAAGCCCUUUCUGCAUUACAUGAACUAUAAAUUGCACUGCACUCUCCUUAUCCUCUUCUAAUGGAAUUUUACCACUUACUUUUAAAAUUCCCCGCUCAUUCCAUGCCCUUAACUUAAGAAAGCAAAACUGAAGCUGCCACUAAAUUAAUUAUAAGAACACUUAACUGUCCCAAACUAUACCCAAAGGUCUGAUGAAAAAUUGGAUUCCUUUCGCUUCCCGAAACUUCUGUAAUUUUAAACUUGAUAGAGCAUCAACCAGCCUUUUAAUUUUCUUGGUAUAUGCCCGACUUUGCAUUAUUAUUAUUAUUAUUUAUUUUUAUUUUUUUUAUUUUAUUUUUUUUAUUAGGUAUUGAAUUGCAGAUACCUUAAAACCCAAAUGCCUCAGCAAAUUAACUACCCUUUUACACCAAAGACUGUAAGGAAUUGAGUACCAUCACUACACUCAAAGUAUCACAUAAAUAGCAAUCAAUCGUCUACCUUUCCAUACUCUCCCAUAAGUAUGGCUGCUGCGAUGGGGAAUAACUCUAAACACGUUGAAAUUAUUUUCUAAAACCUUGUUGGCCAUUCUAGAGAAAACCCCCCUGUCCUUCCCACUGUGUACCGAAAACAAUGCACCUGCUACAUCAGUUAACAGCUCCAAAUUAUUAAAUCUGUGAACUCCUUCUGUCACAUUGAUCCCCCAUUAACUUUACAAUAUUUUUAUUUAUUUAUUUAUUAUUAUUAUUUUUUUUUUUUUAUACUUUAAGUCUUGUUUUAAUUCUCUUGUUAUUCCAUUGUGAGCCGAGGGGGGGGGGAGGUUAAUGUUUGCCUUUGUUAUACCGAUUUUCUUGGAAAAAUGCUCUCCCCAUUAGGAUAACCCUUGAUGCAAAUACAACAAACCUAAGAGUGAUUGCAGCACCUUAAAGUUACUUUUCCACAGCCCGUUACCUGUUUAAUCAGCAUCCUUAUCUUCUUAAUCCUUUCCUCCGGCAACCUAAAUUCCAUAUUUCUUUUCUCUCUCUCUCUCUUUUUUUUUUUUAAUCAGGAAUUGUAGACAAGUAAAUAAUUGGAUAAAAUCGUCUUAUCUGCUGCUAAAAGAAUACGUAAAUUAUAAGUCACCUUUUGAAAAAUUUCUAACAGGCUCUUAUAGUUGCCACUCUCUUUGGAGCCCACAAUAAAAUCAUCAAAUAGUGCACUAUUUUUCUCUGACCAGGCUUGAAUCGAACUAUCCAUUCAAUAACAUCACAAAUAACUCAAAGUAAGAACAUGCAAGCACACGAAAAAAACUGGUAAGCACCUGCCGAAAAUACGACCUUCAAAUUGAAAAAUUUACGAAUUAAAUGACUCGGACUAAAUUGGUCAGAGUUAAAAGCAGCUAUAAUAUUGCCUCCUCCCACAUUCUAUUACCACAUUUAAAACUUAUCAAAAGUUGAAUAUGACACUGAACUAUCCUCCUUUAGAAUCACGUCAUUUAAAUAUUCUCACUUAAAAUAUAAGUGGUGUAUCAAUCUGAAUGACCCUGGCUCCUUCUUUGGAACUAAACCCACGGAAAUACUAAAACUUGCAAGGAUGAACAGAGAAAGGACUUUCAAUCCUGCCUAGCUUUAACUCUUUACAAAUCUUUACCUACGCUAUAUAUUUGGCAACUCUAAAUUGAUUUUUAACUUUAAAUUAUAUACAGGUAACCGGAAACCAAAAAUCUUCAAACUUUGUCUUCUCCAAUUUUUAAUACUAUCUAGAAAAUGCAGUAAUCUUCGCAGCCUCCCUGAGGUCUGUGCUUUAAAAUGUACUGCUUUGCUGGCCUCUUUUAAAACAACGAAAAUUACUGUGUGCACCUGAAGAGGUAGCACAUUCCUGACAGAAUCUACAUUUAUUUAAACACUGAAAUGCAUCAAAAGCAAACCUGUGUUUUUUUUUGUUUUUUUUUUAUAACUUAUUUUUUAUGUUAUAUUUGUACUAACCUGCCUGUUAGCAUAAACUAGCUGUCUCUAAAGGUAGCAUAGCCUUCUUUUUCAUUCCAUUUUAUGUUACUCUGAACGCUAAUAAUACUUUUUAAACAAAAUUGUUAAUCACCAAAAUUCAUCUAUGCUUCUUUGUAUGUUGAAAUGACACUAGCAUAGAUUCAAAAGCCUUUGCAGUACAUUGUUGACUUUCUUCCAUAAUCUAUCUUUUAUUUGCUGAACUUUCAUAUCACGCUUUCUUCAUGCAUAUCUCUUAACUCUAAUCUCUUCUCUCACAGACUGUCACUUUAAGGUUAACUAUGUCCACUUGUGUCCCUUGUUCCUAUACGCUCACUAAUCUAGGUUUUUAUAAUAAUUUGAUCAUUUUUUUGUGAAAAUACCAUAUCACCUAAAACAGCAUUAUUCACAGUUGUUGUGACUCACCCAUCUCAUGACUGUGACCCAUGACAUCCUGGGCAGCUUCAAUCACCUCAGUCAGCCUAGGUCUCCCCUCAGCCUCCAUUUUCUUCUUCUUUUGUUCAAACUUUCUGCUCUGCUUCCACAGCCUCUUCUUGCUUUAUUGGAGAUAGUGAGAAACUUUCUGGAUCUCUUUGUUCUCUCUUCAUGAAUCCUGCAGGGGUCACUCUCACCAGACUUCUCUGUUUGCACUGGCCCCUUAAUUGUUAGAGGAUAUGAGCCUGUGUCCACCUCCAUUACUAGCUCCUCCUGUAGCUCAGCCCCUUCCUCCCCUCCCUCAUUCAGACCUGAAGUACCAAGGGCUGACUCUAAACAGGCUUGCAGCUGUAUCUCCACAGCUUAAAGCUUCUUGUUUCAACUGUUCUAAUAGUACUUCAACUGUGCCAGACAUCUUCAAGGUGAUCUACCAAUCAGGGCUCUUGCCCUGAUCACGACCUUCCCGCUCUGCUAAUAGCGCGUGCUGCCCUGCACCUAACCCUCACUGCGCUCUGCUGCUAACCUAAACUGACCAAUACUUACCCAACAGCCUCUGCUCCAUCAAACCUCAUGAGGCUUGCUCCUUAUGCAGUCCGCGUGCCCGACAUUGUGCGCGACAAGUGUCCCAUUAGUUAAAUGUGCCCAGCAAAUAAACCCUAGCAACCACAUCUCACAAUGUAUAGCAAGAGUGCUAAAUUACCACAGCGAGCAAAACUGAUGCAGUUUUGAUACUUUUUAAUCAACAAAAUAUCGCUGUGAAAAUGAAAUGACGAAGACUCAAAUGCUUGAGUUGACAACUAAAAACUCAAAAUCAUAUGUAAAGUCUGUGAGAACCUAAUACCAAACCUAAAACACAUACAUAUGGUUAUUCUCUAAACACUGGAUUAAAAUCCAGGAAAAAUGACUGAUUUCUGACCACAAUGGCAAUUCUCAUAUUUACAAAAGCCAAAUACAGUUGGAAUAAGGUAGGGCUGCAAUAGGCUGGAUGCUUUCAGAGUCCGUAUUAAAAUCAGUGUUUUUGCAUCAAAAUCCUAUACAAAGUAUAGGAUUCGGAAUAUUCACAUAGCACCAGUUUUACUAAACUUCAGUACCAAAUGCUUCCGGCAGGAUGCACAUUUGCAAGUACUCAUUCACUUGUUUUUUACGCUGCAAGGGUUAAUUAUGUGGUGGCUGGCCGGCGCUUGCUAGAAGCUAGAAGCUCGAAAUAAAUAAAUAAAAACCUUAUGGGGGUCAAUAAGACCCCAUAUUACUAUAAGGGAGGUUUUAAAACUAGUGACUUGGAAGCCAUUGCUGCCCGUUUGCUCUGAAGGCCCCAUCCUAUGAGGAUGUCAGCAGCUAAAUAACAAGGGGGACUUAUAAAAUACAUGUUAAAAUGAAUGAUUGAGGUGGACAGAUCCAUGAUGUCCACCAUUCCAUUGUAUAAUUAUUUUAAGCCCCACCUACCGCCCUUAAAUUAUUAAGACCACCCUGUUUUGUUUUGUUUUUAGCUUCUUAUUUAGCUGCUACAUAAUUAAGCUUUGUGCCACCGAAGGUAACUAUUUGUCAGUUAGUAGCUAGCGCUGCCAGUGCACAAGAGUGUGGAUUUUUCUAAUAGUUUUAAUCCGUGCCUAGAUGUGAAGCAUUCGUAUUCAAAUUUCAGCUGUCCGGUGGCAUUCAGUCCGACUGAAAUCUCGACCAAAUUCAGGUCUGAAUUUGCAAAAUCUGGACGUUGUUGAAUAGCGUUAACAAUAUCUUGAUAUUGCAGUCUUAAUGGCCCUGUAUGCAGCUGAAUGAUUUUGCCCCAUUGGGUGCAAGACCAUUUGGAGUAUAGGGAAUGUCCCUAACUAUGUUUAUGCCAAUUUUAAACAUACUUUAAAAAGCACAGAAGAUGCAUACUCCUUGUUUUUUGCUACAUACUCUAAAUUGAGAUUAUGCUGUUUUUCAUUGUUUGUUACCUCUUUGCUGUCUCCCACUAUAUAGCAACAGAGACAGGAGAAAAUAGUAUAAAUUCAUAAUAAGAACUCGACAUUGGUUGCAGCCAAUUAAUCAUAGACUAGCAUCACGUUGCAUGGUUUGUAGUAACCUUUUUUUUUCUGACAUCUCUGUAGAAUGCAAAGAGAUUGAGUCGCAAUGUUUGGUGCCGGGAGAUGUACUUGUUCUUACAGGAAAAAAACUAUUUUUACCAUGUGAUACCAUACUGAUCACCGGGGGAUGUAUUGUAAAUGAAAGCAUGCUCACAGGUACACAACAACAUUGGUUAUAUUGGUUUUAGAACCCUUUUAUUUAUUGAAAUUUGUGUUUAUUAUCUUAAAGUGGAACUGUCACUUGUCUGAAAAUUACACCAUUGAAUAAAACAUUGACAAUUAAGUUGACAACACAGCACACUUUGUAAAUGAGAAGAAAUAGAAGCAUUUGUAGUAGGGACACUAUAGUCACCAGAACAACUACAACUUAAUAUAGUUGUUCUAGUGAGUAUAAUUAUUCCCUGCAGGCAUUUUUAUAUAAACACUGCUUUUUUCAGAGAAAAGGCAGUGCUUGCAUUGCCCCCUAGGGACACCUCCAGUGGCCUCUCUCAGAUGGCCACUGGAGGUGCUUCUUGGGGCAGUGCUGCACAGUGUGCAGCACUGUCGUUCAGCGCCUCCACGCUCUGCAUGGAGACAUUGAACUUUUAUCAUAGCGAUGCAUUGAUUCAAUGCAUCUCUAUGAGGAGGUGCUGAUUGGCCAAGCCGGCCCAUAGGAAAGCAUUGGAUUGGCUGAAAAUUUUAAUUCUGAUGAUGUCAGCAAGGUGGCAGAUCAGGGGCGGGGACCUACGUAGUGCUGAAAAUAAGGUACUUUUUUAAUUUUUAAGGGGGCUAAAGAAGGGCAAGCCACCUAAAUGGUGGAUUUAACACUAUAGGGUCAGGAAUACAUGUUUGUGUUCCUGACCCUAUAGUGUUCCUUUAAUAUUUCCUCUCAUGUUUUCUCUGUAUUGACUGCCAGGUACAAAGGACAAAGCUGACAGGAAUAUAUAUAUAAUAUUUUUCACACCUUUCAAACACAUAUUUUCUAAACAUUGGGAAAUUAAUAAAACUUCUGAAGUUUUAGUUUACCUUUAAAUCUAAUACUUUUUAUUGAAAAUGUUUGAACAUAGAUUGGCAUAUCGCACACGGUAAAUGUUUUUUUUAUAUCAAAUAAUAUAAUAUAAUAAUAAUAAUAAUAAUAAUAAUAAUAACAACUUAAUUUUAAGCAUAGUGUCAAGAAACAUGGCCAGAAUACCACCAUAUAUCUGUGAAAUAUUGGGAGAUAAAUUACACUGGUAAAUAAACUUAACAUGUGGGAUUCCUAAUCUGUUACAGGUGAAAGUGUUCCUGUUUGUAAGAUUCCACUUCCCCAUCUUGAUCGUACCUUGCCCUGGAAAGAACACAGUGGUGAGGACUUCAAAAGACACAUCCUUUUUUGUGGAACAGAAGUAAUUCAGACAAAAUCAGCAGGUCAUGGUCACGUGAAGGCAGUAGUUCUAAGAACGGGUAAGAUAUCAUACAUCUUUAUACUUCAUAGUAAACUGACAUAUGUAUACAUCACACAAUUUUAUUAGUUCAGCAGUAUUGCCAUUAAAACCGUAACGAUCAGAGCAUUUCACAGGAAUGUUACACUGUGAUUUUUCACAGUGAGAAGAUGCCAGCGUUGAUAGUAAAGCAUUGAGAAUGCUUUCCUAUGAGACUGGCUGAAUGUGCGUGCGGCUCAUGCCGCGCAUGCGCAUUCAGUCGAUGACGGCAAAAGAAGGAGGAGAUUCCCCAGCGCCGAGGGAGCCUGGUGCUGGAAAAAGGUAGGAAUUUAACCCCUUCCUCACUCUAAAGCCCGGCGGUAGGGGGACCCGGAGGGUGAGGGGGACCAAAGGACCCUAUAGAGACAGGAAAAGGAGUAUGUUUUCCUUGCACUAUAGUGGUCCUUUAAUGUAUGGUACAGUACGACACACGCAAUUUGUUUUCAGCUUCAUACUCUCAGUAUGGAAUGUAAUGAAAUUAAAUGAAGUCACAUUUUAAAUUCAAUUAAUAAAGAGAAAGAUGCCCUAAUAAUAUUUUUCAAGUUAUCUUUGGUGCUCAUAUUUUAAAUAGUGAAUAAGCACAUUUAAAUCACUUAUCAGCUGUUUGUAGAAUGAUAUGCAUUACAUAUAACAUAAUAGUAUCUACAUUUGUAUGAAUUUGCAGGUUUUAACACUGCGAAAGGUGAUAUGGUCAGGUCUAUCCUCUACCCAAAGCCUAUGAAUUUCAAGCUGUACAGAGACGCUUUCAGAUUUCUAAUGAUUUUGGCAACUGUUGCUGUAAUUGGAACAAUCUAUACAGUCGCUGUUUUUGUCAUGAAUGGGGUAAGAUUAACAGUUGGAUGUGUUAACCUAACUCAGCUAAUUAUUUUCUGUUGACUCCAUCUAAUGGUGAUAUAAUGUAAUGUUUAACUGAACUAAAAUGAUACACUGGUUUAAAACUAUAUAUGGCUUAUUUUAAUUGAAACAAUUGUAACCCACACUUCAGUUAAAUAGUUUGGGUGAAGGUAGCAAAAUUUUAAUUCAAGGUCUACAUGCAGAUACAGUUGUACUUACAAACUAAACAAAAGUUGAAAAGAUGUUACUUUAUGUUACAAAAAUGACUCUGAAAUGACAAUCACAUUUUGUAUCUAGUUAUACAUUAUACCAAUAUUUCGUUUUAUAAAUACUUUGUUAAAUAAAAACAAUACAGGUAGUCCACACUUAGUGACUUACCUGCAUAGCGACAGUUCAGACGUAUGACCAGCUCUCUAUAGCGCAAUUUGAGGGAUUCCCCACAUUAGAGAGCUGGUCUAUGUUCAGAGGAAUUUCCCCUAAACAUAGAUUCAAGGGAAUCCCUGUUCUAGUAGAAUUCCCCCAAACAUAGACCUGCUCUCUAGUGCAUACAACACUUGGUUGUGUUGAUAAGAGGGGGUAAUCUAUAUAGUUAUACAUUAUUUGUCUUCAAAAUGAAGUAAUUUACCUGCUUUUCUUAUUUUUACACAUCAUUAAUCCUUAUACUCCAAUAUUUGUCCUCCAUGUUUAAGGAAUCUCCUACUGAGGUGGUGAUCAAAGCUCUGAUCAUUAUAACCACUGCUGUCCCUCCAGCCCUGUCAGCAGCGUUGUCAACUGGCAUAAUGUAUGCUCAACGCAGACUUAAAACACAAGGGAUAUUCUGUAUUAGCCCUCAAAGGAUAAAUGUGUGUGGACGCCUUAACCUUAUUUGUUUUGAUAAGGUAAGUAAUCUUGAAAGGUAAACUAACAUCGCAACUAAACGCACAACAGUUACAAAAUACUUUUCUUAAAUCGGCACUGUCAUGGCUGCAUCCAUAUUUAUUUUUUCAAUCCCCUCCCGACUCCACUACAUUGUAUUGUCCCUCUAGUCACCCCGAAUGCCCCUAGGCCCCCCAUUUUACCUUGUUUUAAAAUAUUUAUUUGGUGCUCGGACUUAUGUCCUGGACGUCGCCAUUUUUGAGUGGGCAGAUGAAUUCCCUGUGGGACAUAUAUAUAUAUAUAUAUAUAUAUAUAUACAUAUUCAAUUAAUAUAUGGUUUGUAAUUAGUACAUUUAUGAGAAAAAAUCUGAGAGAAUAUUGAACGUAAACCGAAAUAGAGAUCUCUGUUUUGCAGAGUUACACCGUAUGGAGUUGAAUGAUGCAUGUAAUUCUUGCUUUAAAAUAAGAUUCUGUUUUCUUUCUCAUUUCCAUAUAAUCUCUUAAACCGUAUAGAGGAGAUAGCAUCCUGUAUGUUCUUUAUUGAGGCACUUUAUUUGUUUCUUCUGAGUCCCUAAGAAUCCUUUGCUAAAGUGAUCUUUUGUUGUGCAUCAGUAAGAGUGAAGGCAUUCUAUCAAAGCUGCAUGGAGAGAGAUUGACUACAGUGGUUCAUCUAUGUACAAGGCUGAUUAGAUACAAUUGCUACAUGUAUUAUGUUUUAUAGUCCACAUUAUUAUUUCGUAUUUAUAAAACUCAAACUGAUUUCUCAGUGCUGUUCAGCUAAUAUAAAACAGACAUUACAACACAGACAUUGUAAAACAACCUGGUCAAUGAGUUACAAUUUAUCAUAAAUCACACUUUGCAAGAACGCUGCUUUCAAAGUAGCUCAUGAGCCUACAAUCUAGUUAUGAGGUUAUAAAUGGGAAUGUGGACAAGAGGUUAAAGGGGAAGAAGCUGAUGGCUAAAGAGUUUAGGGUUUUCUUAUAAAAACUGUUAUGUUGCAAAGGGAUUAAAGAGGUAACUUGGAACACUCUUAGGCACCCAGAGAGUCAUGCUACAUAUGCCUUAUUAUUAUUAUUUUGUGAAAAUGUUCUACUAUCCAAUGGUAAAGAAGGCAAUUUCAAUUAUUUAUAGAGCUAUCAUAUUCUGCAGUGCUGUACAAUAGGUAAAACAAGAGAAUUCUAGUAAAUUACAUUUGACAUACAGGAACAGUAAUUGAACAGGGCCCUGUCUGAACAAGCUUACAAUGAUUAAAAUAUUACUUAACUCAAAUAUCAAACUCUAUUAAAAAAGGCCAAAACUCCAUAAAAUGCUUCUCCAUUUUCCAUGGUUCUCCAAAUCAAAACUGCACUUAAAUAAGAUCAAAUUGCACAUCAAGUGACUAUUUUUGUUAAACAUAGAGAUUAAAUAUGUUUCUUAUAUUUUAGACUGGUACUUUGACAGAGGAUGGCCUAGACCUUUGGGGAUUACUUCCUGCCAGUGAGAAGAGGUAAGUGUGCCAAAGAACCUUGACAUUUGAUACCAUCUUCAAGCUAUGGAUCCAAAUUUAUUUUUCUCUUAAGCAGUUGGAACAUUAGGCAAUAUAAUUACAAUUUCCACUUACUUUGUUAUGCAUGUUCCACUGGAGUGUCAUUUUAAUUAUUUGGCCAUAACAAACGAGUAGCAUUUUAGUACAUGUUCCAGCUCAUGCAUCAGUUGUACAAGCUGCUUAUAGCCUAAAACCUAGGGUGUUUUCAUGAGAUCUAUAGUCAGUGCUCCUAACAUACUUCCUCCAAUCGAUGUCUUUGCAUGGUUCAGUUCCUACAUUAUUUUACACAGUACAUUGAAUGUGUUAUGGUUAAAUGAUGUUUACAUCCCCUAUAAUGCUCUUUAUUAGAGAUUUAAUGUUUAUAUUUAUUAUUAGUUUUCAGAAAAUACUCAAUUUUACAUCUGGCAACACAUUGCCCUGGGGACCCCUACUUGGUGCUAUGAGCAGUUGCCAUUCGUUAGUAAACAUUGAUGGGACUUUACAAGGGGAUCCUUUAGAUGUGAAGAUGUUUGAAGGCACACACUGGGUAAGAGGCACUCAUUUGUAUGCAGGACAUGUGUAGAAUGUAUUUCUUUGUUUCCUGUUUAUCCCUUUGUGCUACAUGGAUUAUUCUGUCAAACUCAUUUGGUACUUAUUGAUGCAAGAUAGAAUAACUCUUUCAUGCAGGUUUUCCACCAUCAGGGACUGUUUCCUUGCCUCAGUAUUUCUCAGUACCUGGUAAUGUCGUUUGUUAGCUGAGGCCAGAAUUAGUGAUCCUGAGCUAAAUGAUAAUCUGUGUGUAGUGAUCUAACUUAAUAAUGUACAUAUCUUUAAGUAACCUGGUGGAACUUUACAAAACCCUAGCUAAAUUAGGUAAAACCUGAUAUACUCAUGAUGCAAUGGCUCAUGGCAAUACUCAAAAUGUAGUGCACCAUAUGAUAUAUCCUAAAAUAUGUAACUGCAAAUGCUUUGCAAACUAAUAAAUGAGUAAAUGAGAUGGCAUCUGUGGUAACAUGGUGUUUACUUUUGUGAAUGGUAGGUGCUUUUGGUUUAUUUUUUUGCUAAGAUGGCUCAAAAUUCUAUCUAUAAUUAGGUGUCCUCAGGAGAUGUAUCUGAGCAUGGUUAUUUUACUGUGGCAGUAUAAAUUUGAUAAAUAAACAUAUCAUCUGUACCAAAUUCUAUACUAUGAUAAUGAAUGAGAAACAUUAAUUUCAGGAAAUCAACCAACCAGACUCUGAAAAUAAUGAAAUAUCAACAUCCAGUCUGAUUGUGAAGCCUGGAUCAGCCUGUGAUAAGGUGAGAUUUUGUACUACUAACAUGAUUAGGGAAAUUUUAGUAUGGACAUUACUUAAGAAGCUGAAUCAAUAUUAUUACUUAAGAUCACACUCCACUGUCCAAAUACAAAAAUAAAUAUUACUUUAUAUAAUUCAGAAAUAACAAGAUAAGAGCCAAAAAGAAGUGAGAGAAAGGGAGGUAACAGAGAAAAUAGAGAGAAAGAGAGAAAUCAGAAGGGUAAGGAGAAGAGGAGAAACAGAAUGGGAAGAGAGGGGAGGGAUAAUAAAAAAAAGAAAAAGAAAAGUAAAGAACGAUAUAACAUACUUUUAGAAGAUGUGUUUCCUACUCUGAAUGGGUGAUUGGUUGUAUAGUUGUUAAAAUGUCUUUGUUAUUGUUUGUUUGAUGUAAGAAGUUGUGUGUCUUGUUGAAAUCGUAUGGUCAAUGAAGAUAAAUAAUGAUAUUUUAUAAUAACAUACCUAAGGUAUAUAUGUUACUGACUAUUAUAUGUUUUGUAACAGAAAAAUGUGUUUGAAUAAAGAAUUAUUAAAAAAUAAUAAUAAUAAUAAUUAUGCGUUUUUUUCACUUAGGGUAUAUCUAAAAACAGUUUGUGAAAUCUGCAGAUAUCUUGUCUGCAGACUUUACAAGCCCUCCUCUUCUAACCACACCCAGACUUUUCACUGUAGCUUAAUGACAAGUUUUUAACCCCUUCAUCUUGGCACUAAUGUAUACACAAUUGCUAAGGUAUGCAUUCAUACCCCGUAUAUCAUGAAUACAUGAUGUGCAUAACUGCUAAUUCAUUUUUUUCUAUUGCAAACACAUUUUGUUUGCAAAUUAGCAGUGUCUAUAAGUUUACAGCACAGCAUCACCAGCAGCCAGGCUGUGAACUAAAUAGAGCUGAACACAGAGAGAACGACUUCAGCUCUCUGCAUUUAGCUUGGCCAACAGCUCCAACAUUCCAAGGGGAGGGAGGGGGGAGCAGUGGACAGAUAAGCAGCCUGACCUUCCUGAUAAUGCUGCUGUCCAGGAAGUAGAACUGGGGAAACGGCCUGCAGGCAUUCUCCCCUGUCCAUGCUGUAUUCACACUGACCACGGCAGGGCAUGUGACAUCAUAUCGCAUCCUCCAUACUCCAUUUGAAAACAGCAGAGGAACAGUUGCUGAUAGAGCAUGUUGACAGUUUGUCAGUGACCCUCCCUCACACAGUGCAGUUAGAGGCUGGUUGAAAUGCAACUCCAGGGAGAAAAGCCCAGCCACCCAUCCUCUCAAUACAAAUGAGUAAAGAGUAAAGUGUGGUUGGCUAAUGGGGCUGUAGGGAGAGAAACCAGCCACCCUCCCUCUCAGAGUGCAAAAGGGUGGCUGGUACAUACUGAGGACACAUGCAAUUUCACCCACCUUCCCAGAGUGCCAGGUGACUGAUGGGUAGCUGCAGGAAUAAAUGCCAGCCAUCCUCCCUCACAGAAACUGGAGGGUGGCUGGCAGAGAAGAGCAGUGAGCAGGCAUCAGGCUCUCACUGGAAUGAGAGCACUCAUUUUGAAAGUCAGUGUGUGUAUUUCUGACAGUGUGUGUUUGUUACAGUAUAUGUGUGUGACAAUGUAUGUGCAUCUGACAAUAUGUAUGAUAGUUUAUGUGUAUGUGACAGUGUGUGUGACAGUGCAUGUGAGUGUGGCAGUGUGUGUCUGUCAGCAUGUAUAGUGUGUAUGUAUCUGACAUUGUGUGUGACAGUGUAUGGAUAUGUGUGUGUGACUUUGUUUCGGUCAGCAUAUUUAUGUCUGUAUGUGUCUGGCAGUACAUUUUUCUCUCUGUGAGUGUGUAUAUAUGUCUCUGACAUUGUGUAUCGACAUGUGUCUGAAAACGUAUGUCUCUGAAUAUCCAUGUUUGUCUUUCUGACAUUUGUACCAAUUAGUGUGUCUGGAAUUUCCAUAUGUAUGAGAGUGUGUGAUUAUACAUACUCGUUUUCCUGGCACUAUAGUGCCCUGAGGGUGCCCCCACCCUCAGGGACCCCCUCCCGCCGGGCUCUUGGGAGAGGUAGGGGUUAAAAUCUUACCUUUCUCAAGCGCCGGACAGGGAGCUCUCUUCCUCCUCUCCGCCUCCUCUUCGGCUGAAUGCACAUGCACGGCAGGAGCUGCGCGCAUUCAGCCAGUCUCAUAGGAAAGCAUUCAUAAUUUUUUCCUAUGGAUGCUUGCAUCUUUUCACAGUGAGAAGCACGCAAGUGCCUCUAGCGGCUGUCUAGAGACAGCCACUGGAGGCUGGAUUAGCCUAUUUAUAAACAUAGCAGUUUCUCUGAAACUGCUAUGUUUAUAAAAAAAAUGGGUUAACCCUAGUUGGACCAGGCACCCAGACCACUUCAUUAAGCUGAAGUGGUCUGGGUGCCUAGAGUGGUCCUUUAACUUAUAAAACUGCCAAAUUCUAUUGAAAUCUGCACGUUUUGUAAAUUAUAAAAGAGUACACAAUCUUCACAGAUAAAGCAUUUCAGAAAGCUUAAGUAUUUUAGGGGUCUGGAGUGUACCUUUAAGUGCUUGCCUGCUAAGCAUUUCUUUAGAAUAAAGCCUAAUUCAAAUGGUGCCACCAACUCCUAAUUACACUUGUUCUCUGGCACUCUAUAAAUGAAAUCUCACUUAUUAUAUUAUUAUAGUGUAAUUGUAGUCACUUGACAAGUUAAACUUAAAUCUUUAAAUUUACGGAAAUAUUGUUACGGAGUAUUCAAAAGUUAAAAUUACUGAUAGAGUACAUGACCAUACAUGAAACAAGCAUUCAGAACUUAGAAAUAGAAAUUUAGGAAACAAUUCCUUGCACACCACUAUAUCCAUCACUGUGACCAAGACAAAAUGUUGCCUUUUUUAGGUUCCAGUGGAAGGGAUUGCCAUUGUCCACCAGUUUCCAUUUUCCUCGAGCCUUCAACGCAUGUCUGUAGUGACCCAUGCCAUUGGUGAUGAUAAACUUGUUGUUUAUAUGAAAGGAGCUCCAGAAAUGGUAACAACGUUUUGCAAAUCAGAAAGCGGUAAGGGCUUUUUUCCAAUAUGAAAAUUCCUAUAUUUAAUACAUUUUGAAAAUUGUUCAGCAGUCAACACAUUGUUUUAUUUUUUUUAAACAGUAAAAAAGAACAUUUUAGAAUUAUCAUAAUAGUUGGCAUUUCUUUUUAUUGUGACAGUAGCUAAAUAAUGAAACACAGCACCUAGUGAGUGAAUAGCAUAAAAACAAAAUAAAAAACUUAUUGUGCUGAAAGAAAUUCUACAUUCACAUAUUAAACAUAUGGUGACUGCACUUUUUUAAAAAAUGUUAUACUUUCUAUACAGUUUUAUAUUUAUAUUAAUGAUGAUAGUUGGUAUUUCUUUUUCUUGUGACAGUAGCUAAAUUAAUGAAAUACAGCACUUGGUGAGUGAAUAGCACAAAAACAAAAUAACAAAACAAUGUAUUGCACAGAAAGAAAUUCUACAUUCUGAUAUUAAUCAUAUGGUAGAGCAUUAUGCACAAAUAUACAAUUUCUUCAUGAUGCUUUUUUAUCAUCAUUAUUAUUAUUAUUGAUAUUGUGUCAACAUAUUCCACAGCUUUAUACAAUGGGCAUACAAGACAUACAUGCAAGUUCAACAAGACACAUUUGGGUUCUGUGAAUAAGAUAGUGAGAGCUAUGUGUAGAUGAGCAUACCAUCUAUAAAUCUACCUUUUCAUCUUCCACUUACAAAGAGGUAGUGAUACAACAAACAGAAAGAGAGCAGAAAACAGAAUUUGUUUAUCCAUUAAAGGUUCCAGGAUGUUAAAGGGUUGUCUUUUGAGCACCCAUUUUAUUAUAGAAUGUCCUACCAGUUUUGCAUUAGCUGCCUUUAGUUGUUGGUGGCAAUUUAGAAUUUGAACCUAAAGGAACAAUGUAGCCUUAGGAAUACUUAUUUGUAUUCCUAAUACAGUACAAUAAUCCUGAUGUCCCAAUGUCGUUUAGCACUCCCCCAUCUGUACAAAAAAAAAAAGAAAAGAAAGAAAGAAACAAACAAAUUACUCACCUUUUCUCAAAUGCCGAGCCUCAGUCAGCACUGCCACAACCUCCUCCUCGGUUUGCGUCAUCCUGGAGGCAUGCCUCAAAGAAAACUGGCAGAUCCAAUGCUCCUCAUAGAGAUUUAAUUGACUAAAUCUAGACUAAAACUAAACCAAUUUGGAUGACUUGGGGGGGGGGAGGGGGAAGGGUGCUAGGAGAAUGAGACACAUGGAGGGGCUAGGGGAGGAAUUUCGACCAAUGGCCGGCUGGGAGAAUGAGACACAUGGGGGACAUGAGAUGCAUAGAGAGGCUGGGGGACACACAAAGUGACAUAGACAGGCUGGGGGGAAUUUGACCCACAAAUGGAACUAUGGAGAUAAAGAGACACACAGAGGGGCUGGGAGAGGGUGGAGCAAAGAGCCAAAGAGGGGCUGUGGAAGGGGCAAAAGAGACAGACAUGGGGUUAUGGGAGAGACGCCCAGAUGGACUGUAGGGCCACAAAGAGACACAAAGGGGUUGUGGAAGGGGCAAAAGAGAUGGACCAAGGCUUGGAAGAGAGAAACAGAGGGGCUGGGGAAGAGGCAAAAGAGACAGAUAGACAAACCCACUAGAUUUUAGUCGUGUUGACUAAAAUCUACUGGAGAUUUAGUCAACUAAAACUAGACUAAAACUAAAACAAUUCAGAUGACUAAAAUACAGCUAAAACUAAAAUGGCUUUUUAUUCAAAAGACUAUGACUAAAACUAAAUUGAAAUUUGCUGCCAAACGUCACACUGGUGAUGUCAUUGUAUGUUACGGUAUGAGAGCCGGGAAGUAGAUUCUCCGAUCUCUUCCUUAGGGGGCCUGGAGUUGUGGCUUGAAGUUGUGCUAACAAGCCUUCUAAUUAGUUAAGUUUAAUGUAGGCUUUUUGGGGGUAGGAGAUGGGGCAGGACUGUACGCUUAAACAACUUCAAUAUGAUUAUGUUGUGGAAGUUCCUACAAUAUCCCUUUAAGGUGUGCCUGUAAUGGUACACACAUCAAUACUUUAGAUGAAAAGAUAAACAAAUUAAUGUAUAUAUUGUGCUAGUAACUUAUCAUAAAGCAAAAAAAUACAAAAAUACCAAACAAUAUAUUCAUUGCUUAAGGAGAUGUUAUCAGUUCAAAUGAACCUGUCAUGACAGGUUCCUUUACAGGUAUAAAGGAGUAACAGAUUAACCUGCAUAAAUUACAUAUUCUGCAGUCAUUACACCCAGUGAACACCCAUGCUCUCUCUUCCAUCAAGAAUCAUCUAAGGACAUUAGUGUCACUUGACACGUGAAUUUUAGGCUAAAAUUAUCCUGACUUAACAUUUUUUUCCAAUAAUAAAAAAAAAAAAACUUUUAAGAGUAGCAAUACCUGCAAUGAAAAACAAGCAAUUUAAAGGAAAAAUGACAGGCAGAAAACUUGCUUACUAAAACGGAUCUGAUAUUCGUCUAGAUUUCUUCUUUAAAAGAUGUAUACUGUAGUGGAUGUGGGGCCAGAAGUGCCCUGCUGAAUUACCAGUGUAAUUUGGCAAACCAUUAUUGAAUAGUUUAAUGACUUACUUAGGUAAAUCUGGCACCAAAGCUCUAACUAGUCUUCUCCAGGAAACAAAGUUGGAUAGUUCUAUUAUGUACACUAUAUACAAAAAAAGCUAAUGUAAUGUUUUCUUUUUCAGUUCCAAAAGGCUUUACAAGUGAGCUCCAGUUUUACACUACAAAGGGUUUUCGUGUUAUUGGACUGGCUUACAAAACAUUAGAAGGAUAUAAAAUUUCAGGGGAAUCCAACUUUUUAAGGUAUCGUGCAAAGUGGGAGGUUGAUAAGUGGGGUUUACUGUUCAAUGUUGUAUAAAUGUCAUGUUCUGUUUGUAAAGGAAGUUUAUUUUUUAAAACAAAUAGGAUCCCUGAUAUCUUUUAAAGACACAUUAUCGUCUUUGUAAAGUGCGAUCUCAUCACUACACUGUGGACCCUUAGCCACUAUACCACCAAAAUCAAAUAUAAACAUUUUUUUAUGUUAAUGUAUUUUGGCAAAUGAAAUAUAGUCUAUAAAGCCUCACUCACACUUAUUUAAACUAUGUAGAACAAGAUGAACAAAUUACCCUGCUAAAAGCCACUAGUCACUGAUAUAAUGCAAGCAAGUUUGCUGAAAAUGUAAGCUCACCGCCUGCUUCCAAACAGUAAAGGAAGGUUCAAUGGGUCAUUCCUACAGUCAGGGAGGGGGGAUGAGUGAAUGGAUUCUACCAUUUCACUGUUAACAUUGCAUAAACAUUCCCUAGAUUUACAAACAUUGAUAUAGCAGUUUUAUACCUUUAUUUUAGAAAUAUCUGAUUUAACUGUAUUUCCUUUUUGUGGGCAUUAUUCUCAAAUGAAGAUAUUAUUUUUUACAUACUAAUUUACUAAUUUACAAACUUAUGUUUUUUUGUCAUAUCUACUGUAUGAGAGAAAAAAUAUAUAUUUUUUUGUACUAGCAUUUCAUACACUGCAUGACAUAUUGUAAGAUAAAGAAAACUGUAUACUGUCUAAUAUAGAAACAGAACUACCAAAGGUUUUGACUCUGGACAAUAAAUGAGAUAUACAGAAUACACAAAAAAUCUUCUUCUGAUAAAUACAGCUUUCAAAUAUCUUCAGAUCGUAUUCUUCUGUUAAUUGUCUUUAAGUAUGUGAGCCUCAAUAUGAUAUGGAAAAAAUACACAAAUACAGGAGAAUCCCAACUGUGUGGAUUUUAUUAAAACACCAAAUUAUAACAUUAGAAAGGGUGACUGACAUUUAAUGGAGCGUAAUAUAAGCUUAGGUUGUAACAGCAUACAAUCGUAUCAAUGUGCCCUGAUUAAUUUUGUAAAAAGAGGGAUAUAAACACAAAGAGUCCAAUGGUGUAGUAUCUUAAGAGAUACUUAGUAAAAGUAAUGAAAACAAAAGGCUACUCACUAUUGUAUUUUAUUGUACAGUGGUACAAUCCCUACCUAGUGACAUGUGGUUGUUUAUUCCCUUCCAAACUAAGCAUCGCAUAUAAAACACUAACAAAGGGCAUAUAGUGUCCACUGUAUCACUUUAGAAAAUGAAUAAACUAGAAUAUUACUUACAAUAUCUGGAGCAUUGAAAGUGCUCUACUGAAUCAGUGUGGGUGGUAUCAUCUCCACCAAGGUUGAGUAAUCCAAAGAUUUAGGUGUUGUGGCAAAAGAUUCCCAAUGGAGAACCUGGCAAUAUAUAAUCCAAAAUGUUUAUUAAAUAGAUGACUAAAAAACAAAUUAAAUCAGGAGUAAAAAGGCACACAUUGAGUUUCACAGUUUAAACAGGAUUAGCAACCUUUCUUUGGAAGCCAAGCCUUGGAUAUUUUUUUAAUCUAAUAACGCCUUUAUUGAAUAAACAUAGCACCAUCUCUUUCAUCAUCUCACAGCACUUAUCCCUUGUUCUCAUUACGCACUUCUACUGUUAAUUAGAUAUGAUAUAUGCACUGUAUUAUAAUUGCAAAAUCAGCCUUGAUUAUAAUAUAAACCCAAUCUUAAUUCACAUUUCAUUAUUGUAUUUGCUUUGCCAAUUAGCAUUAUAUUCCAAUAUUUUAUGUGUACUUCUAUAAUUGAUCUAUGCACUAAUUGCUAUGUUACUUAUUCAUGUAGAAACUCUGGAUAGGGAUGUAAAAUAUAAAUAAAAAUAAAAAAACAGUAAAUAGAUGCAUUCUAAAAACAAGCAAAAUAACACUCUAUUUCUCUUAAUUCAUAUCAAGUAAUAUAAUAUAUAUGAAUUGAAAUAUAUUUUGUAUGUAUAAGAAAAUGAUAAAGAACACGUUUAACUUGUUUCCCUUUAAGUUCUUUUCAGAUUUUAUAAAAUAUGAGGUAUAGAGCAGAUAAUGAUUUAUUAUUACAAUUCUAGUUCUUCAUAAUUUGCACAUUUGUUUUCUAAUAUAUUAUUAAACUUUAUUAACAAAUAAAAUGUUGACCAUUUCCAUCAGUCAAAAUCUAUGUUUAUGUAAACAGUGAUGUACGGCUUUAAAUGCUGAUUGGGUUACCAGCAUGCUAACUUUAUUAAUUGUAUAAAUAUACAACUACUUUAUAAUCACACCUCAAUUAGUUAUUGAGAAGCAAAUAAUGCCGUAAACAUUAAAGCCAUAAAAAUGAUAGACUUAAUUAUGCAUUAGUUAAAGGAAAAUCUGUUAUUUUAUUAGAUGAUAUUUAUUAAAAAAUAAAAACUUGGUUUUCUAUUUUUGUUUCUAAUUUAUUCUUUUUUUUUUUUUUUAGGGAGGAUGUGGAAUCCAAUCUGGAAUUUCUUGGCCUUUUAAUUCUAGAAAACAGAUUAAAACCUGAAACUAAACCUGUUUUACAGGAGCUCAGUUCUGCUAACAUCAGGACAGUAAUGAUUACAGGUAAUAUAUAAUAAGGGAUUCAGGAGUAGCCAACAGGCAAGUUUCCCAUCUGAUUAAUUGCAACACCCAUGAUCAUCAGACUGCUGGCAGAUAAUUAAGUUAUAUAAAUAAUACUUGUUUGGUUGCUUUGUGCUUUAGUUUGAGUUGAUUCUAGUUGAUUCUACUUAAGUCACAUGAAGUCCUAAAUAGCAGGAUUGGUUUUAUGGAACAUACUCCUAGACAUAGAGAACAUUCUUCCCAUUGCACGCAAACAUGAGAAAGACAUAGGCAUGCCUACGGGAAUUCUCUAUCAACCAAUGGAAAAUAAUAUACUAAUAAUAUACUUUCCUACUAAAUAUCUGUGAGCAUUACGGGAAACUGAUUGUCAUCUGUGCAAAUACACUGGAGGACAAAUAUGGGAAAAAUACAUGCACUAUUUUACCAACAGUGACAAUCUUUAUGUAUAUGUAAAUGUCAACAUGCAACAUGCUUCAAAUAUACACCUGAAAAAAUUAUAUAUGAAAAGAGAAGAAAAUAUAGUCGAGACCACAUUAAGUAUCUAUUUUUUCAGUAGGCUUAUAACAGAAUGCCAGGAUAAAUUUGAUAGGGGACCAAGAUACACUAAGACAGAAUGUGACACAAUUCAUUAUCUAAGACUAAAUUAAUCAAAACAGCUUUUCCAACUGAGUUUAGUUAUUUAAAAUCUAAUGGAGUUUAGUAUAAUUUGCCUAUCAAUAAAACUAAGGCUAUUUAAACUGUGAUAUACAUCUUAAAGGGUUACUCCACUGCCCAAUAUAUACAAUCACUGUUUAUCAGAUAUACCCCAAAUGAAAACACACAUGCAUAAAGUUUUUAUAUCCAAAAGCAGCUUUCAAAAACUGCAGAACCUUGCCUGCUGUCUUUGCAAGCCCUACAAUUUUCAUCCAUCCUAGAUUUUCUGUUGCUGUCCAGUCACAGACUUCCUAAUGCAGCUUAAUGAGGAGUCUUUGUAAAACAGGUAGUUGCGUGCCUCUUGAGUUUAGCUCCAUUGAGCUAAACAGCCUGAAGUAACCAGAUUUGUUGUCUUCUUGAAAGCCAGGAGGUGUAACCAGGUUAAUUUAUAAAAGUGCUAAUUUCUACACAUCUGUCAUAGAUGAAGCUUUUCAGCAAGCUUAGGGAUCCAGUGUCCCUUUAAUUAUGAUAACUGCCGCAUUGAUUCACAUAAUCAUAUUUAUUACAUAUUUAUAACGCAGGCGAUAAUUUACAAACAGCCAUAACAGUGGCAAAGACAUCAGGAUUAGUACCGGAGAACAGCAAAGUCAUCUUGGUGGAUGCGGAUGAGCCUGAUGGGUUAAAUCCUGCAAAGAUUUCCUGGCACCCAGUAGAAGGUCAUGAGGAGUGUUCAGAUGAUGAUAAAGUAAGAAAGAAUGUAUUAUUUUUCUUGUACAUCUGUAUCUGAAAUGUUUCUGAAAGGGAACAAGACAUUUGUAGAACUGAUCACUUCUAGAUAAAAACCAAUUAAUUAGCAUUUUUGUUCUUAAUUUGUAAGCUCGUUGUGCCAAAAGGCAGAAAAAAAUGCAUUAACUCUUAAAUAUUAAAAGUAUUUAUUUUGCAUAUACAUUGGUAAUAAGUGGUGCUUACAGCACUCUACACACCUAAACCUGAUUUUGAUUCUCUUUUGGCUGGGAAUGUAAAACGUUGCUGUUUGUAUGCAGAAUGCGUCCACCGGGAUCAGUGCUUCUCAUAUCAAAGUACACUUUGUUACCACAACAUGAUAUGAUAUUAUAAGAAUUAGACUGAACCAUUGUUUAUUGUAUUAUUUUUUUUUUCCUUUAACAAGGAGGGUCUAGUGGUUGAAUGAUCUAUAUAUACAUGAAGUGAUUGCAACAAAGUUUGCAUAUUAGAAUUAUAUCAUCACUGUAGCUGAUAAAUGUGUUUUAUUCGCUUACUUGUAUUCGCUUACCUAUUUAAGUAUUUAUGAUAACUAACUUCCCAAAAUAAGUUUGAUUGUGCAGAUAUAAUGAUAAAAAUAGACAAAAAAAGUAAUUAUGGUUACUUAUGGUUAUGUUUACUUUUUUGUACUAAUUGGUACUUGAUCGGUUACUUAAUUUAAUUAAGUAAUUUGUUUUACAGAUUUUACUUGUAAGAAUUCAACACAAAAGUUAAACUUUAGUUGCUGAAUUCAUAUUUUUGAGAAUAUUUGAACUUUGAUUCAUAUUUAUUAUCUUUCAGUAGUUUGUUUAUCUCUUGUCAGAAUCAGUGUGAAAGGCACAUAUAUUGAUCAAUGCUCCAACCCACUUGUACACUUUAUACAUUUCAGAAAUGUUUGCUUUAGCACCUUAUUCUGAUUUGUUUGCAUUCCUGAUAAACGUGUUUCUAUAUUUAAUACUUUGUCUAAUUAUUAUAAUGGUACUUUUAUUGGAGAUAUUAUAAUAUAGAAUGCCGUAAUGGCUUAAGCCACCAGGAGCCUCCAACUACUUACCUCCGCUGCGAUCCUCUUCGGGAGUAAUGUCUGACAGCCGAGGCAGUCAUCCCCCGGCAAAAUAGGUCCCUGGUUGCCAUGUGAUCGCUCUCAAAGUGCGAUCACAUGGCCCCCUAUAGCUGGCUGUGGAUCUGCCUGCAGGGGGACUGUCUGGGCUGUCAGACAGUCCCCCUGCUGGUGGAAAGAGUAAAAAAAUAAUAAUUAAACAUGUAAAAAUAAAUUAAAUGUGUGUGUGUAUAUAUAUAUAUAUUUCCUGGCCAUAUCCAUGGCAGCACAACAAUGGGUAGCUCCUCCCCAUCCCUAGUUAGACAGGAACUAAUUAAAACAAGGGUAUAAGUACACCCUCCUACCCCUCCUACCCUCAGUCUUUUUGUUCCUGUCCUAUCUCUAGGACAGAUUAGUCUUUUCAGACUGAGAACUAUUUUUUUUAUGGCUUACUUUAAUGGUUUUUACCCUUGGCCCCAGGGGAGUUAAGCCUCUCUUCCUUGGGAAGCUCCAGUAUACGGCCCUGUGCAAAGGUGUCCCCCUGGAGAACCCCCCAUUGACCGGGGAAAGAUUGCAGUGACCCUAGGGGUAGCAAGCAUAAGGAGCCACUACCCUACUGACUGCAGUGACCCUAGGGGUAGCAGUUAUGGGCAAGGCAUAAACAGUAUGGAUAUACCCCCUUCUACCUUCAUUUUCCUGGUUAAUCCUGCCUUCUCUGAUUGGGAGACAUUCCUCCUCUUGAUUCAGCAGUUCUCUGCCGGUGUUUAUUCUCCCUUCUGGGGGAGUACAGGGCUUCCCUGGUGAUCUAGGGUUCCCCCUGUCCCUAUUCGUGGCAUUUUUGCCACAUUUCUGGUGGUCUGCUGAGGUUGGGAGACCUGGGGUCUCCUUGCUGCCUUGACAUCCGGUUUUCGCCAUUGCGCAUGCGCGGAAGUACCGGUUGCGCAUGCGCGGUACGUCGCGGUGCUGAUGACGUCAUUCAGUAGUUUGGGCGCCCUUUUUAAAGCGCCAAUACUGAAAUUUAACUUUCCUAUGGUACAGUGCGGUCUUCACCCAGUUUUGUGGUGCAGACUGAAGGUAAGUCUUUUAAAGGCACAGUUGGUCUGUUUUUUGUUUUUUAUUCAGUUGAUGUUUUUUGAACCUUAUUUUUAAGCCUUAUAGUAUUUCAUGGGCUUAACGUUUAUAGAUGAACUCAUGAGGUCAAAGUAAAAGGUCACUAUCUAAAUCUCAGGGGUAAGCCAUUUCCUAUAUGUUUUCUUAAAUUUUUCUUCUAAACAAAAGAGUGCUGGCUAAUAUUUUUCCCUUAUUAUAGUAGUACUAAAGGGAAAAAGACAACUGGAACAUCCAAAGGAAAGUCUCCCGCAAGGUCCCUAUGCGAAGCAUGUGACAAGAGGGCCCUGGAGGGUAAGCGCCUAUGCUCAGAUUGCCUACAGGCUGCAGGAUGUCCCACAUCAUCCACCCCGGAUUUGAUGCAAAUUAUUCAAAAUGCUGUAUCCCAAGGCAUUAAAGAGCCCACAAAAGACCUAGAUAUCCAGAUCCUCCCGACUACUCCCAAUACGACUCUUCAGAUGUGUCUAUGGAGGAGACAUACAGGGAGAGGUCAUCUUCCCCGGAUGAGGAAAAACAGCAUGCUCCUGACACUUUGGACCCAACCGAAAUGGAUCACUUAAUUUCCAAGGUCCGCAAGUCUCUGAGCAUGAAGGAAGGGCAGAAGCAGAUCUAACCUCAUGGGCAGUCUACAAGACAUUAAGCUGCCGUAGAUUUCACUACUGAAGCCUCAGUGGAUAUGGUCAAAGCAAUGACCAGGAACAUGGUAUUUUCCAUCUCAGCUAGAAGUUCUUUGUGGCUCAGAUCCUGGUCAGCAGAUGCUUCAUCUAAAAAUAGCCUCUGCUCUUUACCGCUCUAUGGAGACAUGCUCUUUGGGAAGAACCUGGAUGAUUGCAUUAAGAAAGCGGCAGAUGGCAAGAAUGCUUUUUUACCUUAAGAUCGUAGGCCUAAGAGAUCUUUUCGACCCAAAAGACCUUCAGAUCAAUCUUCCUUUUGGGACUUCAAAUCCUACAGACCAGGUAGAGAAUACGGAAGAUCCCAGCAUUGGAGAGGGGGACAGUCUUCAGUCAAGGGAGGAAGAUACAGAGGCUCUGCAUUCAGUAGGAACACGAGAGCUUUAUGACGAUUUGAUCUCCCAGCCUGGAGGGGUAGGAGCACGCCUCCUCCUAUUCCAAAAGAGAUGGGAGUCUUCUACCAAAGACAAGUGGGUGCUGGACAUCAUCAAAAGAGGAUAUCUUCUGGCAUUCAGAGAUGCCCCACCUCGUCGCAGUUUUCAAAUUACAAGAUGGCUGGGAGACAGAGACAAGAGAUUGGCUCUUCUGGAGUUUAUUUCUUCCCUACAGCAAGAAGGCGUCAUUAUGGAGGUUCAAAGGAGGAAAGAACACACAGGUUUUAUUCUCACCUAUUCCUCACAAAGAAGUCCUCAGGAGCAUGGAGACCCAUUCUAGAUCUUCACACCCCCAACAAGCGAUUGAACAUAAGAAGAUUCAAAAUGGAGUCACUUCAGUCCAUCAUCAAAGCAGUCUUCCCGGGGGAAUGGCUGAUGUCUGUAUAUCUGCAAGAUGCCUACUUCCAUGUUCCGAUCGCUCAACUGCAUCAAAGAUAUCUGAGAUUCGCAGUAGAAGGAGGGCACUUCCAGUUCCGAGCCCUUCCCUUUGGCCUCAGUAUGGCUCCUCGCACUUUCUCAAAGAUCCUGGUGAUCCUGAUAGCAGAAUUAAGAAAGAGGGGCAUUGCCAAUUUUCAUUAUCUGGACAACAUCCUUGUGCUGUCAGAGGACAGGUACACUCUCAAGCAACAGGGACAGAUCUGCAUUCAGUUCCUGCAGGAACACGGCUGGAAGAUAAAUGGAGAAAAGAGUCACCUUAUUCCUUCACAGUCCAUGCUUUAUCUAGGAGCCCUGUUCAACACUGCACUGGGGACAGUUCAGCUCUCAAGAGAAAGAGGAGUAAAGGUGAAGGAGAUAUGAAGAGUCAAGGUCGCCACAUCAGAGAAAGUCAUGAGCCUACUAGGAUCCAUGUCAUCAACCAUAGGCUUGACAAGAUGGGCGCAAUGGAGAAUGAGAACAAUCCAGAGGAAUUUUCUUUCCCAAUACAGAGGGAAGAAUCUACUCCAGCCCAUCAGGAUUUCCACCCCGGUCCAUCUAAGCCUGACAUGGUGGAUGAACAAGAAGGCUCUGUUCUCAGGGUUCCCCCUGGGGAACAUUCCCUGGAUUACUAUAACGACAGACGCCAGUCACUGGGGUUGGGGAGCCUACCUUCAGAAAUAGGACACCAGGGGAAGUGGGAGUUUCAUGCACACGAGACCCACUCAAACCUUCUGGAACUUCUGGCGGUUUUCAGAGCUCUGAAACACUUUCAGCAUUUACUACAGCACAAGUGGGUGAAGGUGAGAACGGACAAUGCUACAGUAGUAGCACAUAUCAAUCAUCAAGGAGGUACCCGAAGUCACAGUAUGGUAAGGUUUAUGAUUCCACUGAUGUCUUGGGCACAGAAGAACCUUGCGAGUCUAGUGGCAAUUCAUCUGCUAGGAGUGCAGAAUAUGGUAGCAGACUUCCUCAGCAGGGUAAGAAUAGACCCAGGAGAGUGGAGUCUCUCAGAUGAAGUCUUCAAGGAUAUUAUGAAGAAACGGGGUCUUCCUCAGAUAGACAUGGCCACCAACAACAACAACAAGCUCCAGGGAUUCUUCUCGAGGGGUCACGAACCGCAGGCCUGGGAGAGGGAUGCCCUAUCAUGCAUCUCCCCUCAUAUUUCCUCUACUAAGAAGGAUUCGUCAGGAACUAGUUUUCAUGAUCCUGAUUGCCCCAUAGUGGCCUCGCCGGCCUUGGUUCCCUCUUCUUCUGAGCCUCUGUCAGGAACCUCCGUGGGAUCUUCCAGCAGUUCCUUCUCUUCUGCACCAGGGUCCUAUCCUAUUCAGCAUCAGACCCAGCAUCACUCAACCUGAAGGCCUGGAGGUUGAAAGGGAAGGGCUGCUAGAGAAGGGUUUCUCGGCUGCAGUCACAAAUAUCCUGUUACAGGCUCGGAAGCGAUCCACUUACUCUACCUACUAUAGAAUUUGGGAUGCUUUUCCUUCCUGGGCCUCUCCCAAGCAGGUUAACAUACAGCAUCCUGCAAUUAAAGACAUCUUGGAGUGUCUACAAACAAGUCUGGAUAAGGGUUUGAGCUACAAUACCUUAAAGGUACAUAUCUCCGCUCUUUCAGCUCUCACUGACCACAAAUUGGCCUUUAAUCCAGAUGUAUCUAGGUUUCAUGCUGCAGUCCUCAAGAUUAAACCUCUGAUCAAGCCAUUUUCUCCCCAAUGGGAUCUACCCCUGGUAUUACAAGCCAUGAAGUCAGCUCCCUUCGAACCCCUGGAGUCCAUCUCUCCUCAUCUUCUUACCAUCAAGACCGUUUUGCUGGUGGCGUUAGCAUCAGGAAGAAGGGUUUCGGAGCUCAGUGCCUUAUCAGUAAAAGAGCCUUUCACAGUGUUUCACAAUGGUUCUAAGAACCAUUCCCGAAUUUCGCCCUAAGGUAACCACGGCCUUUCAUGUUAAUGAAGACAUAGUGCUUCCAGCCCUGACGCAAGAAGAACAUUCCCAAGAAGGAGGUUCUUCUCCACUGGAUUUGGUAAGAUGUUUAAGAAUCUAUAUUGACAGAUCUCUUGGCUGGCGUUCGUUGGAUCAGCUAUUCAUCAUCCCAAAUGGGGCUAGGAAAGGUCGCCAAGUUUCUAAAGAGGCCGUGAGCAGAUGGAUUGUCUCCGCUAUCAUUCAGGCUUACCUUGCCAGUGGGGUUCCAGUACCUAGCAGUCUAAAGGCUCACUCAAUCAGGUCUCUUUCCUCCUCUUGGUCAGCCGCAGCGAUUGUAUCUCCAGAGCUUAUCUGCAGAGCAGCUACAUGGUCUUCAGUGAACACCUUUAUUUGACAUUAUAAAAUAGAUGUCAGAGCUGGUCAAUGGGACAAAUUUGGUAAAAAUGUCCUUUCAGCAUCCAACUAAUGUCUUUCUUUUUGUAUUAUUUCACUUAUAGAUGUGUUAAUACACUUGCAAUACAAAAUAUUUUGAGUCCGUGUAUUCUUUUUCCUCCAUUGGUUUUGCUUGGGUAUUACCCAUUGAUGUGCUGCCAUGGAUAUGGCCAGGAAAGAGGAAAAUGUAUUCAUACUUACUGUAAUUUUCUUUUCCUGGUCAUAGGCCAUGGCAGCACAAAGAUCCCGCCCAGGGAUUUUUGCUGGAAAACAAGACUGAGGGUAGGAGGGAUAGGAGGGGGUACUUAUACCCUUGUUUUAAUUAGUUCCUGUCUAACUAGGGAUGGGGAGGAGCUACCCAUUGUUGUGCUGCCAUGGCCUAUGACCAGGAAAAGAAAAUUACGGUAUGAAUACAUUUUCCUCUAUAUACACACAUCUUAUAUAAGUAACGUCAUACGUAGUGUAUUUUAAUGUUAGUAUAAGUACAUAUAUUAGUAUUAAAAUACACUUAAAAUGAAGUUACAUAUAUAUGAUAUAUAUUUUAUAUAUAAUACAUAUAUUUUAUAUUUAUAUAUACAUGUAUAAUUACAAGAAUAAAUAAAUACAAUAAUAAAACAAAUAAAAAAAUUAAAAAUUCAAAUAAAUUAUAUGUACAUAUGUAAUUUCAUUCUUACUGUAUUUUGUUAUAUAUAUAUAUAUAUACAAACAUAUAUAUAUUGGAAACAAAAUACACUUAGCAUGACAUUCUAUAUUUAUCUAUCUAUAUAUAAAAUAUAAAUAACUGCAAAUAUGUAUAUAGAGAUAAAUAUAUAUAAUUACAUAAAUGAUUACAUAAGUAUACAGUAGAAUUUAAAUACAUAUAUAUGUAUAUAUAUAUAUUAAAAUUAUAUGUGUAUAUUUAAGUAAUCUUUUAACAUAAUUAUGUGAUUUCAUUAAUUAAAAUUUGAUUGACAUGCCUGACAACCCAGAGAAUCCAGAGAUUUGAAUUCGCAAGCACUAUAUUUAACCCUGUAACUUUCCAAGACACCAUAAAGCCUGUACAUGGCGGGUACUGUUUUACUCGAGAGACUUCGCUGAACACAAAUAUCAGUGUUUCAAAAUGAUUAAUUGUAUUACAACGAUGAUAUUUUCAGUAAAAUGAAAUUUUUGCAUUUUUCACACAUGAACGGCACUUUUACUGACGAUAUUAUUGUUGUAAUAUGUUUUACUGUUUUUAAACACUUAUGUUUGUGUUCAGUGAAGUCUCCCAAGUAUAACAGUACCCCUUAUAUACAGGUUUUAUGGUGUUUUGGAAAGUUAGAGAGUCAAAUAUAAGGCUUGUAUUUAAUUUUUUUCACAUUGAAAUUUGCCAGUUUGGUAAUGUUGCCUUUGAGACCAUAUGGUAGUCCAAGAAUGAGAAUUACCCCCAGGAUUGCAUAACAUUUGCAAAAGUAGACAACCCAAGGUAUUGCAAAUGGGGUAUGUCCAGUCAUUUUUCAUAGCCACUUAGUCACAAACACUGGCCAAAUAUUUGUUUUUUUCGUUUUUCACACAAAAACAAAUAUCAAUGCUAACAUUGGCCACUGUUUGUGACUAAGUGGCUACUAAAAAAGACUGGACAUACCCCACUUGCAAAACCUUGGGUUGUGUACAUUUGCAAAUGGUAUGCCAUCAUGGGGGUAAUUCUCAUUCCUGAGCUACCACACUGUCUCAAAGGUAACAUUACUAAUCUGGCAAAUUUUAAUGUGAAAAAAAGGAAAAAUGGAAUGUGCUAUGUUUGACCCUGUAACUUUCCAAAACACCAUAAAACCUGCUAAAGGGGGUUACUGUUUUACUCAUGAGACAUUGCUGAAUACAAAUAUGUGCAUUUUAUUGCAGUAAAAGCAAACAGUAUCGUGACAUUUACAACUAAAAUGUCAGACGGAACUACAAUUUUGUAUUUAAAUCUUAAUCUCUCACAGUUGUUUUUAUUUUAUUCAUAAUAAGUUAUGUUUCAUACAUGAAUAGUUCAUGAGAAAUUAAAGCCCUGUUUUUCUGAACAAAAUGAUAUAUAAUAAGUGUGGGUGCACUUAAUAUGAAAGAGGUGAAUUAUGAUUGAACAGACAUAUAGCGCAAAUUCCAGGUUUUGUUCACAUUUUAUUUUGAUCAGAACGUAUACUAUUGACUCUGUCCUGAAGGGGCUAAUAGGGGCAUAUGAAGAUGAUAAAAAUAAUUGACUAUUGGAUUACACUGUAAACUCGAUUUAGUCAUUACUUAACUUUUAAUCUCAAUUAUUAAUUUUAGCAGACACUGAAUAUUGAGAUCGAAAGAAGAACAAUUGAAGAAGAAGCAAAGGGUGGUUAUCAUUUUGCAAUGAGCGGAAAGUCAUAUCAAGCUAUUUUACAGCAUUUCCCGUGUUUAUUGCCCAAGGUAUGUUGGAUGUUAAAGGUCUAUUGCUAUAAACAUACGAGGUUUGGCUUUCAUAUUUGCCAUAGAGGGGAAGUUUACCAAGGCAAAAUCAGGUGUUUUUCUGGGGCAUAGAGCUAAACAUUUAGAGCUUUGCAAUGAGAUUAUCACCUGUUUGUUUUUGAUAAAUAUCCCAUUUGAAAUCUUAUUUUAAUAUUCUCUGGGGAGUACUUCAAAUCAGCAAAAUAACUCACUGACUGUCAAUAAACAAAAUACCUUAAAACAAUAAUUAGAAUAAAAACAAUAUUUCAGAUUCUGAAAAUAAACAUUUGGUUAAAUGUGUGGUUCAGAAAUACAUAUCAUGUUGUAUUUUUUACUUUAAUGAACAUUUCACCUACGGAAAGAGGUAGUUAUGCUAAGAUUUAUGAUAGCAACUUAUAUAUUUACGAACAAAAUCAUUAACAGCACAUCUUACUUACAUAUAUACUAGGAUUUAUAAAUAGUGAUGAAGCCAUUGUUAGGGAUGAAUAUUUUUCCCAUCUGUAAAACCCUGCAAGUCAUGCUACUCUAUUUUUGUCCUUAUUUCCUCCAUUGGUCACAAAUGUUCCCCAUUACUAAUAACUAGCCCUAAAUAUAAACUUUUCCUCGUGCCGUUUAUAUUAAUGUGGUAAUGCGCAAUGUGAUUUAUUGCAGUUGAUGGUGAAUGGAGCUAUUUUUGCAAGAAUGUCACCAGGACAAAAAUCAAGUCUUGUUGAAGAAUUUCAAAAACUUGAGUAUGUUUAAUAUUUAUCAUAACUGUUUGACUCUAAAUUCUAACUCUUCUUUCUUUAGGACAGUGAGAUUUGUAUCAAAAUAUUAGAUUUUUAAAAAACAUAUUUUAUGACAUUUGUUCAUAUGGCAGGAUACAUGCAAUAUAGGGGCAGUAUACAAUAUUUAAAACUUGUGUAUUUAAAACUUGUGCUCUCUUACACCACAGUAACAAUACAAAAUUGCUAUAUUAUGUAUUUCAAAGUAACCUCACCCUUCCAAUCAUAUAUUUGUCAGCCAUCCAAUUAUAAAGUGCAAAAUGCAGUGAUUAAUAUAAUUACACUCAUAUACAUUUAAUUUAGUAUGGAUACUCCACAUACAUAUAUUCAUGAAAAAAAUGCUUGUAAGCAUUUAGGAAGCCUUGCAAUUGGCAUAAACCAUAAAUAUGUCAAUGAUUGUAAUUAUUUUAUUCUUCUUAAUUCUUAGUAAAUAAUUAACACAUUCCUGUAAUCUUUUCAUUCACAUGGAUCCCAACAGUUACUACGUAUGCAUGUGUGGAGAUGGCGCUAAUGACUGUGGUGUAAGUAUCUACAUUUAAAAUUUUAUAUCGACUCAGCAGGAUGUCAAAUAUUUAGACAAAUGACCAGUCCGUUUUUUAAAAUGUUUUCCUACAAUAAAAUGUCAGCUUCAACUGGCUUAUUUCUUUCUUUAGAUAGUUAGGAUUGCUUUCUACAUGUCUUAAUCAUCUUUGAAUUUCUUUAUUGUGUUGGCAUUCACUAAACCUGUGCCAAGUAUCUGUGAUAGUAUUUAACACCUUAACCAUGUUACACUGGUUAAUUUGGUCUAAAUAAGUGCUUUUGUGGUUUAAAGGCCCUGUCUGGGCACCAGAACAACUUCAUAAAAAUGAAGUUGCUGUGGUGGCAGGAGGUCCCUGGCACAGCCUGACCUUUAGGGAUAAUAAAUAUAAAACAUAUAAUAGUUCGCAUCCCAACUGCACUCACACACUGGUUAACUCCAAAAACCGUGAUAUAUAAACACAAAACAGCAAAGAACUGUGUGUUGCACCAUAAUUGGAAGAUUAAAAUAUGUGAAAGCACCAGUAUAUUCACAAUGCUUACAUACUCUGGCAAAACUCUUCAGAGUCCAGAUAGAAACAUAGAAACAUAGAAUGUGACUUCAGAUAAGAACCAUUCGGCCCAUCUAGUCUGCCCACUUUCAUUUGACCCUAGCUUUAUCUUAUAGUUAGGAUAGCCUUAUGCCUAUCCCACACAUGCUUAAACUCCUUUCCUGUGUUAACUUCUACCACUUCAGCUGGAAGGCUAUUCCAUGCAUCCACUACCCUCUCAGUAAAGUAAUACUUCCUGAUAUUAUUUUUAAACCUUUGCCCCUCUACUUUAAGACUAUGUCCUCUUGUUGUGGUAGUUUUUCUUCUUUUAAAUAUAGUCUCCUCCUUUACUGUGUUGAUUCCCUUUAUGUAUUUAAAUGUUUCUAUCAUAUCCCCCCUGUCUCGUCUUUCCUCCAAGCUAUACAUUUUAAGAUCCUUUAACCUUUCCUGGUAAGUUUUAUCCUGCAAUCCAUGAACCAGUUUAGUAGCCCUUAUCUGAAUCCUCUCUAAGGUAUCAAUAUCCUUCUGAAGAUACGGUCUCCAGUACUGUGUACAAUACUCCAAGUGAGGUCUCACCAGUGUUCAGUACAAUGGCAUGAGCACUUCCCUCUUUCUACUGCUAAUACCUCUCCCUAUACAACCAAGCAUUCUGCUAGCAUUACCUGCUGCUCUAUUACAUUGUCUGCCUACCUUUAACUCAUCAGAAAUAAUCACCCCUAAAUCCCUUUCCUUAGAAGUUGAGAUUAAGACUCUAUCAAAUAUUCUGCACUCUGCCCUUGGAUUUUUACGUCCAAGAUGCAUUAUCUUGCACUUAUCCACAUUAAAUGUCAGUUGCCACAACUCUGACCAUUUUUCUCAUUUACCUAAAUCAUUUGCCAUUUGGCUUAUCCCUCCUGGAACAUUAACCCUGUUACGUAUCUUAGUAUCAGCAAAAAGACAAACCUUACCAUCAAGACCUUCUGCAAUAUCACUAAUAAAAUAUUAAAGAGAAUGGGUCCAAGUAUAGAUCCCUGAGGUACCCCACUGGUGACAAGCCCAUGCUUCGAAUAUACUCUAUUGACUACAACCCUCUGUUGCAUGUCACUCAGCCACUGCUUUACCCAUUCAACAAUAUUGGAAUCCAAAUAUUGGAUACAAGUAUACAGUGAUCCAGAUGUAAAUAGUUUCUUAUUAAAUGUUUAAUCUCUUCAAAAUAUAAAAAAUUAACAACAUAUUGAAAAACCACACAAAACUACAAUAAAAUUAGGGAUAAUAUUGCACUCACUAAUGUAAGGUUAAGAAAGGUAUCCCUAAAGGUGAGCCAGCGCCAUUGACAUGAUGCCCUCAUAACAACCUCAUUUUGGUGAAGUCUUUAUGAUGCCAAAAAAAAGUUUUUUUAAAUUUACUGUACAAAUUAUUUUUGAUAUGUUGAGUUCAUUUAAUAAUGAUUAAAUAAAUACUACUCAUUUCCAGGCUCUAAAAGUGGCCCAUGCAGGAAUAUCCCUCUCUGAACAAGAGGCAUCGGUGGCUUCUCCAUUUACUUCACGUACUCCAAACAUAAGAUGUGUACCACAGCUGAUAAAGUAAGUUUCUGUCUUCUGUAUUUUUUUUCUUGAAAAAACAUUACAAGUCAGGAGGAGGGAUUUUGAUCUGCUCACAGUUUGUCUCCUUUUUAAAAAAACACAAGUCAAUUAUUUUUUAUUUUUUAUUAAAACCCUGAUGAUGUUUUCGUAUCCCAUAAAUCAGAUUACUUAUUGUAGAAAACAUUUCUCUUUUCUCAAGGGACACAUAACCCCAUGAUAACAAUACAUUAUUUGAAAAUGGUCUUUGAGUAGAUGCUAGGUUCCGCUCACUUACCUUCUGACCCUUUAGAUUCUAAUUGUAGACUCUGAUUUAAAACUUGAAUGAUUGUGUUUUUGAGAUUUAUAUAAUUCAUUUAUCCUUCUACAAAGAGACUUUGUUAGAAAGCAGAUGAUUCCUGUUAAAACACCAAAGUGACAUUUUAAAUAGAAAAGAUGAUAUAUGACAGUGGAACAUGAUGGCUCAUGAUUAAAAAAACAUUUUGUUGUCUUUGCAGAGAAGGGAGAGCUGCUCUUGUAACAUCAUUUUGUGUGUUCAAGUAUAUGACGCUGUAUGCCAUGAUACAGUUUAUUUGUCUGCUGCUCCUCUACUGGGUAAAUAUAUAUAUAUGAGUUUUAUUUUGUUAUACACUGAAAUCCUUUAAUAUUUUUCAAAUAGAAAGGCUUUUAUAGAAUAACAGCAUAUAAAGUCAGAGAAGGGAAUUUAUGUGCCUCUUAAAUUUUCUUGAUGAUUGCCUUAAAGGGACACUCCAGGCACCCAGACCACUUCUGCCCAUUGGAGUGGUCUGGGUGGCAACUCCCACUACUCUUAACCCUGCAAUUGUAAUUAUUGCAGUUUUUUUUUAUAAACUGCAAUAAUUACCUUGCAGGGUUAACUCCCCCUCUAGUGGCUGUCUAGCACAGGAAACCUGUUUCUAGCACAGGAAACCUGUGCUAGAGCGUCACUGGACAUCCUCACACUAUGUGAGGACCUCCAGCGUUGCUCAUUUCCCCAUAGGAAAGCAUUGAAAUUUCCUAUGGGGAUCAGUCUCGCCCACCGGCCGACGCAAUGCAGAGGAGGAGUGGCGGCGGAGGAGGAAGCUGCGAUGAGGGACAUCGUCGCUCCCUCAGGUAAGUUACUGAAGGGGUUUUCACCCCUUCAGCAACCGGGGAUUGGGGGGGUGGGAGGGAGAGGGGACCUGCGGUGCCAGGAAAAUUAAUUGUUUUCCUGGCACUGGAGUUUCCCUUUAAGGGACUGGACAUCCUUGAGAACAGGCUGAGGGUAAGACUUGAGCAACAAGGAGGGGGCUGCCAUUGGUCAUCUGUUGCCAGCAAACUGUUUGUGCUGAAGAAAAAAUGCCUAAUACUGACAAAAUUAACAUUAUUCAGCUCUGAACUUUCAUUCUGGGCUGGCUAAAGAAGCUGCUGGAGGUGUUUUAAUUCUGUAUCUGUAGCGUUUCUUACUUAAAAUACUGCACAUUCAUACCACAAGCACCAUAACCAUUCAAAUUACUGAAGUAGUCACGGUGCUUGCGAUAACCCUACACAAUAAACAGAAAAACUCGCUUUCUAAAUAAGGUAUGGAUUUUGUGGCUUCAGAAAUUCAAUGAAUCUACCAAGUCUGUCAGAGAAGCAAUACAAUGUAGCAUUUUUCCUCAGAAUGAAAUAAUUGAUAGAUUCUUUAUAGCAAUAUACACAGCACAUCAAAUAAUACAUGUACCCUUUUAGUAUGUAUUCAGUAUUUAUGCCUGCUUUUUGUCUGUUCUUCUUUAGCAAAUAAACAUCCUGUCCAACUACCAGCUUCUUGUACAAGAUGUUGCUGUCACCAUCCUUGUCUGCUUAACAAGUAAGAUACAAAAAGUGGAAAUAUUAGAAAUAAUCAUUAUUUAUUUUUAUUUAUUCUGGGUCUUUUCUUUUAAUACAGGGAAUAUGUAAAAAGGAAUGCCAAUAACAUUUUACACUGAUAUGCUGGCUGCUUCGUUUAUAGAUAUUUGCCUGUUUUUUUAAUUAGUUAUGCAAUGUCAUUGAUAUCUGCUUACAUAGUCAAAGAAUUAGCUUUUAAUUGACUGAGUUAUCGUAAAACUAAUUUUAUAUUGCUGCAGUUAUACUACCUUUAGUUAAAACUGUGGAUGUGUGAUGCCAUCUAGUGACACAAUGGCAUGAAAUACAAAUUUAAAGUGUACAAAUUCAAGAUCAAGUGUGUUUCAUGUUAAACAAAUUAUACAGAAAAAAACCCACAAAAUGUAACAAACAUAUUCUAUGUAAACAACUAAUAUUAUGAGCACAAUGGGGUAAAAAUGGUAGAUUUUAAGUUUUAAAUAUGCUAUUUUGUGCUAUUCAUAGUGAUAUUUACCUUCCAUAUUUUAGUUAAUAUCACAGCAUUUAUUUAUGCUAUAUUGGAUUUGGAUGUUUAAGGCACAAAUAAAGAAAAUAAGAUUUAAAAUUUGUUAACUUUUAUUUAUUUAUUCAUUUAUGUAUCUGUUUACUUAUUGCACAAUUCAGUUUUAUGGGCAUAGUUGGUGUAUACACUCCUACAGUGAAUCACAUAGGAGGUGUGAUCCACCCACAUGAGACAUCCUGGGAGUAAUAUGGUUGUUUGCUGUCAUUAGCAUUUCAAUUAAGAAACUUUCUAUAGGGCGGCUUUUUUAAACGUAAAAAAUGGUAAAUGGUAGCUUAAUAAUGUUUUAAUUUCAAUAUUUAUUGCUAAAUAUAACUCAUAUUUAUAUCUCAGUAUGUCUCCACCUAUAUUUAAGUUAUCUAUAUUUUGAUUUAUUUUUCAGUGAGUUUAAACCAUGCGUACCCCAAAUUGGCUCCAUACAGACCUCCAGCACAGCUCAUGUCACCACCUUUAUUGCUUUCAGUUGUUCUGCAUUCAGUUUUAACUCUUGCCAUCCAAGUCUAUGGCUUCCUCCUUGUCCAGCAGCAGUCUUGGUACUCUACAUACCCUCCUAGGUGAGUUGUACUCUCUGUAGGGUGUAAUCUUAUUUAGGUUCUUUUUAAAUAUUGAGAAUAAUAUAUUCCUAACAUUAUGAUAUUUUAUAUAUGCAUUUUAAAAAUAAUUUAUAAAACAGAGGUGACUAAAGAGUAAUCUCUACCUUACAUACCUGUCUCCUGCUCUCUCCUAUGGGACAGUGCUUUGCUCUCUCCUCCAGCUCUGCUUCACUCCUACUUGAUAUUUCCUGUCCUAAUGUUUCUAAUACCCCACCUCCUAUAGUCUGUAAGCUCGUUUGAGCAGGGUCCUCUUCAACCAAUUGUUCCUGUAAGAUUUCUUGUAAUAGUCCUAUUUAUUGUUACAUCCCCCCUCUUAAAAUAUUGUAAAGCGCCACAGAAUCUGUUGGCGCUAUAUAAAUGGCAAUAAUAAUAAUAAUAAAGGUGUAUCCCCAGUCGUUCAACUACAACACACAUAAUGCUCAUUGGAUUAAGAUUGACAAAGCAUCAUACUAGUUUAACAAUUACUGGAAACCUACAUUUGGCCAACCAUGCUAUAAGUGAAGAGUGUGCAGGAUAAAAAAGAAAGGACAAAAUGUCUAUCUUUACACCAUGUUGUUUAAAGGAACACUGCAGCAUUAGAAACAAAUGUAUGUCUAAAGCAAGAUUGUUCCAUAAAUAACUUGGAUUAUACUUCCCCCAUUCCUGUAAAAAUAUAUACGUUACUUAUCUCUAAUCCAGUGAAAAAUGUUCUCCUUGCCGUAGCUCUGCUUCACACUUGAGAAGCCAUCAGUAGUGAGGAUCUCCUUAGUUAAUCACAUCUUAAAGAGCAAAAUUUUGGGGCCUUGUGGUGCAUGCUGCACCAAUAGAAUGCUUCACAUAAAAAAAGCACUUAAUCCAGUGCUUCUCUAUGAGAAGCCCUCACUUCUGCUUUGAGUGAGCCCUAAAAUUGGUCUGAUAAAAACUGGAAUAAAAAAAAUGCAAGCUAUAUUCGUGAAUCUCAUUAAGUGAGUCAGAUGGCAUUCAGUUUCCCAAACUAAUAAACUUUCUCAUAUAGAAUGAAUUACAACCAAAUUACAAGAAAAUUCCCUCAUGCAUUCAAUCUGAUUCAAACCAUGUAGAUUUGGAACCUACCUGCAACAGUCCCCUUAUCUCGUAGUAACACCCAACCAUAAAUUCCCACCAAAUCUUACCCUUAUCUUAGUGGCAUCUUUAUUUAUUUAUAUUUUAUUGCUAGGAAAUUCAGCUGCUAUCCCAUUCUUUUAUAAUGCAGCUGGAGCUAUUUUCAAAUUAUUCUCACAUUUAAACAGAGCUGGUACACAUUUGUCUCAAAGUUUUUUUAAUUUGGUUGAUAGGGAAUAUAGUAAUUCUCACAGAACCAACAAGUUGAGAGCAUUUAGUAAAUAUACUAAUAUAUUUAGAUUUCCUCAUAAAGUAUUAUCACAUUGUAUAAACCUAUCACAGCCCAAAUGCACCCCGUUUUUAGCUCCUACUCAUUCUAAUGCCAAUGACGACCCAUGAGCUUAAUCCAUCCCAUGAGACAUUCAUAAUUGUAAGCCUUCUGAAGUUCCUUGUGAUGAUCCUGUAAUGAGUAUCAGUGACCACAUUUUUGUAUCAUAUUUUGUCUAAUUAGUCAUCCAAUACAUGUGAAUUGGAACAGGUUAAUAGAAUAUACAAAAUACAGCACACUCUACUGCAUAUUCAGUUGAAAGGUACCUUCCUGUUCUAUAUAUUAUAGCAGACGUUUGACCAAAAUAUCCCGUCUGUCUUUGAGAGAGGUUUUUAAUAAUGCAUAUUCCAUCCCUUUGGUUUUCGAAGAUGCUCCUUCAUAAAAUUCAAAAUGUUUCUUCCUGUAUUAUCCUCAAAAAGUCUCAGGCUAAUCAAGUCUCAUUUCUGCAAACCCCACCCACUCAAUUUUCAUCCGGUACACAUAUCAUAUUACAUUCUUCUAUAACCCCUAAUCUCCUCAGACUGUAUCCCUGUAGACCUUCCACUGUAUCCCUAUCCUCCUGUACCCCUACCUUAAGCCCCACUUCUAUGUGCUACUAUUCAUAUUUUAAUUAUUUUUCUCUUUACAUCCAAACCCCUAGAAAAAACAAGUAAUCACAUCCUUUCAAACAUCCUUACAUUACCUUCUUAACCAGUUAUCUAUCCAACUCAUCUAUUAUCAUUACUUAUCUCAUACCCUACUCCUGACCUUUGUGUCCAUCACAAUAACCCAUCCUAUUGCUAUAGUAUAGUUCGAUCCAAUGUUAUUCCAUAAGAUUCAGUUUUAUAUGCGGUUAAUGAUCACUUUAUAAUGAAUGUGAUUAUUGCCAAUCUGUGUAAAAAAUGUGAACAAUAGAUAAUAUACAAGUAAACAAACAGAUAAACAAAUAAAUAAAACAUCCAGCACUUGACAUUUCAUGCAUGGUUUGUCUUUUUUACAGUAUGUGCACAUCUGGUAAUGAAAGUAUGACCACCAAUGCUGAUAUGUUUCAUAACAACGGUAGUAUUAACAUAACAAGUCCAAAUACACGUCUAAAACUAAACAUCAGUCAUGAAAGCUAUGAGACUACAACCCUAUGGUACCUAACUACAAUUCACUGUAUAAUCGUUGCAUUUGUGUUCUCCAAGGGAAAGCCAUUUCGACAGCCAAUUUACACUAACUGUGAGUAUCAUUUAGUCACAACAUGUUAGGCUUGGCAAUGAAAUAUACUACGACAAAUUCAAAAUUCUCUUGCAAAUCCCCAAAUAUUGCAUUAUCCUCAUUGGGCUUUACUUACUCCAGGAAGUAGCUUGGUCCAUCAGGGAGCAUGUUAGAAAGGGCAACAUGGAUCAAGAAAAUGGGUUAAGAUAUAGCUUUUUGGCAAUCUACAAACCAAUAAAAAUUACAGCUAAUUUUUUAGGCCAAAAACUAUAAAGUGCAUAACAAUGGGGUUGGUGCCUGGUGUGUUCCUUUGAAGAAUCAUAACAUAUAAAAUGAUGGCAUUUAUAAUAUAGAAACAUAGAAUGUGACAGCAGAUAAGAACCAUUCGGCCCAUCUAGUCUGCCCAACAUCAUGUAGUUUAUUAAUGAAAUGAGAAUUAUAGAAAAAAAGAGUAUUGCAUAGUUUGAAACUAAACCACAGACCUGGAAAAAAACAACUUAUCUCACCUAUCAGCCCAUUGACUCUCUCGAAUAUUUGCUACUAUAAUUUUUGAUUGUGCAAUGCUGAUCACUGAACUUUUUGUCCUAGUGGUUGGUGGGUUUGAAAAUGUCUGGUUUAGUGCUAGUGAUAUUUUAAAGAAUAAUCCUGACUUUACUACUUGUUUCAUUCCAGAUAUAUUCACUUUUGUUUUAGUGGCUCAACUUGGAGUUAGCAUCUUUCUUUUAUUUGCUGACAUAGAAAAUAUAUAUAAUGUUAUGGAGGUAAGUGGGUCUUUUUUACAUACAACGAUGCCCUGUUUCUGUCAUUAGUUGGCUGGUCUGAAACUGAGAUGGGUGGAUAAACGGGAGGAGAGGGGUGGGGUGAGACUGAAAAAGCUCCCCUAGGUGAGAAGCAUGUCCAAUAUGCAAUCUGGCCAAGUUUAUAGUAUGUCUACAUGCUUUUCAACGUUUUCUUGAUUUAUUUUGCGCUGUAUAUUUGUUUUAAAAGUGUUGGCUUGCUGGUUUGAAAAAAAAAUUGUCUGUCUCUGUAAUAAUUUUAUGACAGAUAUAUUUUGAAGUCUAUCAUUAUAACUUAUAUGGAUUUGCAUAGGUAACAUUUAUUGCAGUUGAUCAAUUUCUAUUUUAGUGCAUUUUCACUAAGUAAAACAAAUCAGAGUCACCUGCCCACAUGUUGAUGUGUGUUAAUGUAAAAAUUAGAGAAUAGCUUGUUUAAUAACCAGCCAUUCUCCGGAUUCAAAUUUGUUGCAGAAGUGCCCAAAUGUGUAUCCUAGAAUGCUCUCUCUACAUGUAUACCAUACUCAUGACAACCGGCCAUCAAUUUGUCCUACUACUGCCAGGCAGAAUGGGUUCUCCCUUGUAAUACUGGUGCCCUAGUCAAACUAAGCUUUUAUACUCUCCAUCUUUGUAGCUUCAUACUAUAUGUUUUGCUACCUCUGCAUGUAGGCUUGACAAAGACAUCAAUACAUUGCUGGGUCAGCUUUGAAAAAUGCUGGUUGAUGUUUCAUUGGUUUAGUGUGCAAACAUAUUUUUCAGAAUAUUUCCAAUACAGCAGACUUAAUAUUGUGGAAAUAAAAUAUUCUUGUUUCUAGUAAAAUCAUAAAAAAUAACAGUCAUAUUUGAUUAUUGCCUGAAAGAUAGACUCCCACUUACAAUCUCCUGUAAUUGUGAUAUUGAGUCUAGAAAAGAACAUAGUAACGGGAUUGACAACCAAAUACAGUUUUCUAUAGGAAUAAGGAAGAAAUAUUAUGUUUACUAAACAAUGCAAUAAAACAACCAGGCAUUAGAGUUAACCAAUAUAUUUGUUAUAUAUUUGUUAAUGGUAAAGUUACCUACACAGCAUAAACACAGCACACACUUUACUAACAUGCAUGUAAAUGUGGGCGCAUAGUCCAUUCUCAUUGUCACCCAUGAUACCCAUGUUUAUGAUAUCAAUGAUGGUUUCUGUGCCCCAUCUGCAUAGAAUGCACUGGAUAUACAGUACUUUUGCUCCUUUUUGUGUACUGUAAAAAUUGCAUGAAAUGGAGUGCUUACAUGCUUUCUGCUCAUCUCUUGCUCAAGAAAUAUGAGAAAUAUUCGCAAGAAAAAUCCCAGUAGCAUUUCUAAUGCAGUGUGCAGAAUCUGUCUAAAUCUAAAGUUAACUUUUGCAAUUUAAAAUGAGAUUUACAAAGUGAUGUAUGUAUGCAUAUAUAGUUGUCUAUUAUUUAACAUCCGCUAAAUGGAAAAUGUUAACAUUGGAUAGUUCUAAAAUUAAUAUUUACUCUUUUUUAUUCAGCUUGUCUGCACUUCAACUUCCUGGAGAAUCACCAUUUUCAUUAUGUUGAUCAUCACUGUUAUUUUAUCAAUUUUAGCUGAAGUAAGUCUUACUUAUACUGCACACAAUUAGUAAUGCAUACUGGUGUACAUGUAAGAGGUACAGAAACACAUAAUAAUGUGAUUGGGACACUUUGACGAUGAACACCAUUUAACACAGCAAUUUUGCAUAAACAUUAGGUAGGCAUAUUAUUUAUGUAGUGUAUGUGGGUAUCCACUCGAAUGAUUCAAAGUGGGAAGGAAUAUAUAUAUAAUAAUAAGGUAUAUGUAUUUAGCUGCAUCCCUGGUGUCAAAUAUUGGAAUGUCUCAUCUAAUUUUUCCCAAAAACAUUUUAACAUUUUAAUGGAAGAAAUAUUAUAUAUAUAUAUAUGUAUUGUGGAUAUCACUAGUAAAUAAAUAAUGAUCUUUGCAGUGUGUGUGUAGAAGUAAAUUAAUACAAUUGCCGCAGCUCAUUUCUAAAUUUAGAGCAUGGCAUUAUGGUUACUUCACUGGAUAAAAUCCAGCAGUGGAACAAACCUGAACCAAUAUUGUCCACAUAUUUUAUAUUCGUAAUUUAGACCCAUGCAUAUUUAACGAAAUUAAGUUAUACUGCACCCAUUAUAUUUGUAAUUCUUUCUUUCUUUAGCAUUCUGUAAACAAUUUGUUGCAAGAGGCAUAUAAAAUCCUCUUAUGAAAUGUAUAUGUGUUCCACUCUGUAAUACUGAAAUGUGAAUUUAAUGUAGUUCUAUUUCACUUUUCACAACCAUUUUGUUUAAAACUUGUGAUGAACACUUGGUACAAAAUAAGCAGCCCUACACAUAAUGUAUACAGAUUGCUCAGAGGCACAUAGAUAAUUACAUGUAUAUAUAUAUUUUUUCCCCAUUAUUCAUUUACCCAUGACAGAAAUAUUGAGCAAAUCUUUUUUUUUUUUUAAAUAAAAUAUAUAUUUAGGUAGUGGAUUAUAUUUUGUUGCCUCAUGCAUGAUUAAAUAAUAAUGAUAUCUAUCUACUUAUUGUCUUCUAUCAAUAGGAGCUGAUAAUAGAGAACAGGAAACUUUGGCUGCUCUUAAAGAAAUGUUUCAAAUACAAGUCAAAAAGUCAGUACAGAAAAACAAUCAGGUUGGUUGAGGCAGAUACCAACUGGCCUCCAAUAAAUAGGACAUACCGGACAAAACCAGUUAGUCGUCAUACAAAUGAAAAGACAGAAGUGUACAUCAACCCAACAUUUGAAAAUGAAGAGUUUCUGAAGUAG